AUGUCUGGAACUAGAGGCAAUGGAGAGCACUGGAAGUCCUUGGAGUCCGUGGGGAUCAGCCACAAGGAGCUGGCUCUUGCGGAAGCCCUGCAGAUGGAGUAUGAUGCUUUGUCCCGCCUGAGGCAGGAUAAGGAGGAGAGCCAGGCGAAGCAGAAUACUGACCAACCUCUCAUUUCCUGGGAUGAUCCAAUUCUGGAUUACAACAAGCCUGCUGUAAGGAAUGACUGCCACAAUAUCAAGGUCAUGAGAGGCCUCUCUGGCUCAGACUCUACCCUGAACUACAAUGCCCUCUCUGGCCAGGAGGUUUCGAGAGCUUUUGGGACCAACACCUCUACCUCAUCCAGUCUGCUGCCUGAGCCAGAGAGCCAGCCUUGGUUGAAGGGACCUCUCUCCAGCGACUACUUGUACAUCUUCGACAGCACGGGGGGUGACUUCCUCACUGACCCCCCCAAUAGUACACCCCACCAGAACAGCAGUAGCGGCAGCUCCCCUAAGAAGCUUUCUCCUCCCCCGUUGCCCCCUCGCAUUGCCAUCUGGAAUGCCUCUGAAGUGAACCAAGCUUCCUUGAAAGGCUCCCAACCCAAUGAUAUCAACAUGUUCUCCUCAACCCACGAGAGGGCUGAUGGAAAAAUGCUAGGCCGUAGAAUCUCGGAAGAGGACCCGUACAGCACAGUGGACUACGAUGGCAUCAACGACGCCAUCACCCGGCUCAACCUCAAGUCCACUUAUGACACCGACCUUCUGAGGGAUGCCCCUUGGAGCUGGAAGGAAGGCAGAAGCAUUUUUGAGAAAGAAAGCAGCGGGAAGCCGGUUGCUCGCAGCAAGACUAUGCCUCCUCAGGUACCUCCCAGGACCUAUGUCUCCAGGUCUGGUGGAAGGAAGAAUUCUGGACCCAACAAGAACCGGAGGAUAUCAGCAGAUCCGGUAAGGCCAUUUUUAUGUAAGCGGAAUGAUGUAUGCCUAAGGUGCCUAAGUCCCUCUGCUGUGGAGGGAUGCACUUAAUGUUCACUGCCUUUGUUUUCAGAUGAAGUGUAUAUCAUUACAGGAGUCAAAUUAUUUGGUACCUUUCCUAGCAUUCACCAAAACCAAACUCUUAGUCCUUAGUAGACGUUUUUUAUUCCUCCAAAGAUUAUUUGUAGCUACAUCUCAGAAAAUGUGGCAUCUCAAUGGAUAUAACUGUUUUCUAUGCUAAAUUAAGCCAUCAGAAAAUGGUUAGGGAAUGCCUGCCAUAAGGCCACCUACUCUGCUUUCCCCUCUCCUUUCCCCCCACACAUAUUAUGAUGCAAUUGUUGAAGGAUAUCGUGGAAGCUUUUGUACGUACAACUAUAGGUGCAAAGGCCACCACCCAAGGAUGUAUGCGUUCUUCAGUGUGGACAUUUGGGUGGAGGGUCAACUGAAAUGUUGUUUAAGCCCAACUAAGUACAACCAAGUGUUAUAAAAGGAAUCAAAAAGGGAAAGAGACAAAGUUUGCAUGUUUUGAGUGAUGGUUUGUGAACCUAUCCAUGGUACAGUGAAAAUCAGCUUUUGAUUUCUAGGCAUUUGAAUUUGACAGCAUUAGAAAUGUAUGAAUCAUUACUAAAAUAUCACGUGCAAGGGUCUUUAAUAUUGCUGUGGGAUGCUUAAAAUGUUUCUGUCCACCAAUAGCAGCUCUUUUCUGUGGGGGGCAAGGGAUUAAUUCUUGCUCCGUGUGUGCUACACUUCCGAUUCUGAUCGCCCCCGACUGCUUCCUUUUUUAAAAGAGCAACAACCUCAAGCCCUCCCAAACAUACUGAAUAGAUUUAACAUAGUUUGGUUGCUUAGAUUUCAAGUCCUCGUGCAGCUGUAUCCUGUGUGGCUCAUAGGCAUGCAGUUUCACAGCAAUCCAGUCCCACCAGUCCUCAUACUCCUGGUUCUCUACCCUUAGUAUCCUCUUAACAUAUGGAAACAACAGAUCAUUUCUCCAUUUCCCCAGUUUAUGAAGACAGGACCUUGGAGGACAGCUAUUGCUUCAUCAGUGAGGCAGCUCAGACUGGGAGCUUACAUAGGAGCUGGAGGCUCCACCCCUUCCUGGCUCUCUGCCAGGCAGUUGCUUCCAUAUGCUUCUGAGUCUUUCUAAGUAGCUUUAAGUAUAGCGAGUUGGACACUUCAGCAGCAGUUGGUACUGAAGGUCCUGCUUUUCUAAGCCAUUUCUUCUGUUUAUAGGAAGUAGGGGUGCUCUGGGAGACAGAAGGAAACUAGUCAGUUUGUGAGUUUUGUUUUUUCUCCAUUUCUCAUUUUUCCAAUCUUAAGUUCAGUUUGCAUCAGUUUGCAUUUUUUAAAGUCCUCGUGAAAAAAUGUUGUUGUGUUAGUAGGCUCUUGACCUACCAUGCAAACUUUUGCAAGCAAUUUCCCCUAAUAUAAUUCAUUUUAUACUAUUUUCAGUAAUAUGUGUGCUUUUAUGCAUACACCCUCUAAAAUACACUGACUUUUCAGGAUCCCUGGCAGCAUGGAGGUCUGCUGAAGGGCCCUGCUCCCCUUUCUCCUCCUCUAGGAAGACCAUGGGUUGCGCUCAUCACCCAGUCCCACAACAUUAGGUCUCUUCUCUGUGGGGGACCCACUCUCAGUUUGUCCAUUUUACACGAAAAUGCUGAACUGAAAGGUAAAGCUCUUGUGGAAGUGCACAGAAACAGCUGCCUAGGAUGCUUCUGGAAUAACAGAUUCUGAACUUGUUUCCUGUUCCUCAUCCUGACUUAAAUGUCACCAUGGGAAUUCAUUGUCCCACUUGUAUGUUGCCUCUACUGAAGUUUGCUGGCACACAUCAGCUGCCUUGAAAGGGUUGUCUACAUCUGUUGUGCUAUUUAUAUGAUCCACACAACAGCAGUCAGAGGGAAAGGCAGCAUCCAGUAAAAACUUUUUCCAAAAGACGUGAGUCCAUCCUGGCUGUUAGAGCUCCUGUUUCCCAGAAGCUACAGCUUCUGAAAUGUCACAUGGUCCUCAGGCCAAUUGUUUCCCGUUAGUAAACAAGGAUUGGAUGGAGUAUUUGCAUCUUCACUAACCUUCCCAAUCCUUUUUUUAAAGGAUCCUAAGAAGAAUUGCAUAGCAAUAAUUUUAUAGAAGAAAUCCUUUGCUGUAAAAGAUUCUUGGAAACAGGGGAUAUCCAUGGGGAUAUCCUUUCCUCGCUGCUUCUGGGAUUGUGAAUGGGUCUAAGGCGUAUUUUUAGACAUAAGAGUAGAUGACAAAUACCUCUGGCAUCUGAAGGAUAUAAAUACAAGCAAGCUCUCCACCGUCACUAAACUUCAUGGGACCAACUCUCCCCGUACGCUCAGUGAAAAAUGUUGUCAGAAGCUGCUGGCAGAGGUUAUGUAAGUUGUUCUCUGCUUUUGCUGUGCAAGAAACUAAUUAUAAAGGAGCAUUAAAAUUGUCUUUAGUGUCUGUUGUGUUCUGUCCUUUUCUCUCUCUUUUUUCUCCCUCUCUCCCCGUUCCUCUAACUAUUUGGUGGGUUAAUUGCUCUGACAGUGGGAGCUUUGUUUGCUUUGAAGGAGUGAAUUGAGGCUCUGAGACCAUGCGUGCACUCUGGCCUGGCAUUCAGAGUGUUUCUGUCCUUGCUCCUUAUCCUACUGUAACAUUUGGGAAGGAGGCACUGGAAACAAAAAGAAAUGUUUUUGAGAAUUCUCCCUCUUCUGAAAAUAAAAACUUAACAACUACUAUCUCGCCUGUGUGAUGACAAUGAUGAUUUUUUUUAAAAAAAAUUAAUUUUAAAUGGCAUCUGCUUCUGCCAUGGCUGGUGCAUAAUAAUAUCAGCACCAUCCCAGCAGAGCUACAGAUCUUUGAGAGAGAUUGCUUAAGAAAUAACCCAAAUGCAUAUGCAGGGGAUAUGAAUCUAUGUGCAUGCAGUCUUCCACUAGUUGCUUUCCAGAGCAGAAACUUUAGCAAAGUUCAGUUUGGGAGGAGGAUCCUUGGUAUAAAAACUGAGUCUUUACAAACAAAUACAUUCCUAUUUUUCUUGGAAAAACCACUGAUGAACGCACUGUUCUACAAAGACUUUCCUUUCUAUGGGGUCAUUGAUUAAAUUCUGGCCAGUUUUCUUUUAGGCUGUGGAAUGCUAUUAAGUUCCUUUUUGCCAUAUGAUAACUGUUUAACGUUUACGUUGUGUUUGUACAUCUCUCUGGAUUUUUUUUUAGAAAAGUGAUUUAGAAAUAUUUGAAAUAAAUCAUAUAACUAGAAAUAUGGUGCAGAUCAGGCUGUGGACCACUGUAGGCUGCUAGAUGUGUACCUACAGCUAUCCUCAGAACUGCUAGGUUACAAAUCUGCUUUAUGGUAUGUUCAAGCACUGAACUUAGAUCAUAUCAAUUCAUCCGGCAUUCAAGAUAUGUUCUGCUUUCUUUUUCUUCAUUUCUUUUUUUUUAAGGCAGGCAAUAAAUCCAAAGCUAUUUGCAGCAGUUAUGAGUUCUGCAUUGGCUCAAAGGAGUGCAGCUGUUGUCCUCAUAUCAAUAACUGAUAUCAAUCAUUGAAUUAAUAGCUGUAAGCCAAAGCAAGAACCUCCUCAAUACCGUGAGCUGGAUAGAUCUGCAGCAUAAGCUCAAUGCACAACUUAACCCACAUUUAUCAGAGCACUACAAAGCUGCCAAGGCUCUUAGGGUUAAGGUGGGCUGAAUUGAAAGGAAGUCAUGUGAAGAAGAAGCGCUCUCUCACGCUUCUUCAUCAUGUGCAGACACCUGUCUUUUCUACUCAACCAUUUUUUUGGUAUCCUAAUUUUGUGGGUAGAGAAGAUGAGAAAGAAAUUUGAUUCAGUUCACCUUUAAAGGCAGACUUUAAAAAUUCACACUUUUCAAAACAAUAUGCAAACUGAAACACAGCCAUCCUUCAAAACUCAGUUUUCAGAAUUUUGCAGUGCUGCUCUAUAGCAAAGCAAUGCAUACAAAAAUACAUAAUAUUAGGCCAAAAUAUGCAUAUAAAUGCAUAUGUUCAUGAAAGUUACAUGUGCGUUGGGGGAAAUUGUUUACAAAAAAUGUAUUUGUCAGAAUAGUGUACAAAAAUGUGUUGGUUGGAAGAAAUUCGUAUUAAAAUGCUGAUGAAUUUUCAGGUUAUGUUUUGUUUUUGCAAAAAAUUGCAAAGUGCUGCAUAAAUGUGGAGAACUGAAUUUAAGAUUGGAAAAAAUGAGAAACAGAGAAUCAAAAACUGACAGAUUUACCCGGUUGACAGUGUAGAUUGGUGUACCUUCUCCAUGAAUUGAUCCUAAGCACAGAUUAUAUGAACCAACAGCACUUCCUCUUCCACAAGAUGAGCAGAGACUUUUCUCCAUCUGUAGCCCCCCACCCACCCCCAGGCGACAUCCCUCAUCAUUCCUGAGGGUCGCUGACCCAUCAGUCAGGAGUGGCUUGGUGAGAUGAGGAAUAAAGUCUGCAGCAUGGAGGAAGAAUGAAGACCCUGUUCUAAGAGGAAACUUCACUUGUACUAAUUAGGAUAUAAUCCUGUAUACUGAGUAAUGGAAAUAAAAGAAAUCUGAGAUUGGCCAGUGUACAAGUUGGGGGUGGAUAGUAGAAACUAUAUUUCACUGAGUAUUGUCUCUAUUUCCAUUUCUUGUUUGGUAUCAGACCACUUCUCAACAUUAUCCUGUGGCCAAUGGCUAUGAGCUGUUUGAGGUUUCUGAGGAGAAGGAUGAAGAGGUUGCUGCUUUCUGCCAUAUGCUGGAUGUGUAAGUACAGGCAACUCCCCCUUUGUGUGGGGGUUGCUUUGUGGGUCUUUGUGUGCAUUGGCAUAAUCCCACCCCGCUCCAUUCUGCCCUCUUACAUGGCGCAUGUGUAUUGAAUGGGCACAAAAUGGUCACCACCUGUACCAGUCUAGGACUCAUCAAAGCACCCUACUAAGGGGAUCCUUUGGCUGCAGUCCUCCUUGGAACCUAAGUAUCUACAAGGGAGCCCUGCAUCAAAAUAGCAGAGUGCUGCUAUUCAGAAUUCCACCCGGUCCAUUCCAGCACUGCCGCACAGUUGGUCAACGUUCUGUGCCCACUGAGCAUGCUCAGUUUUCAUUGGGUUGCCUUUGCUUCCCAUCCCCUCCAAGGGGGCUCCAUAAGGACCAAAACUUACAGAACUGUGGUUGUGCUCAGUAUCUGUAAGGGGGACCUAUGAUAAAAUGUUCCGUUGUCGAGUGCUUCUGUUAUAGCCGGCCAGCCAUACUCUACUGCAUUCCAUUCCCUCUUCCACCUAGUUUUCCAUUAUCCCCACCAAAUAGUCAGCAUUCCUUGGCCACUGAAAAUACUCUGAACUCAUUGGGUUGUUUUUUGAGGAUCUUCCCCUGUGGGGCUCCCCUACCCCCAAUUUCCCAAACCUUGACAUUUCUCUUGGAGCCUGCCAGUACCUCCCUCUUUUGCAUGGAUAGCAUCUCCUUGGCUACCUCACCUCUGAACAUCGGAAAUAGAAGGAAUUAAGAUAAGCAAUGGCCUAACUGCCUCAAGCAAUUAAUUACUGCUGUUGAUUAAUCCUCAGCGACUGGGAAAAAAAUCCUCUUUGUCCCUAGAGUUUUUGUUGCACUUUGUUUAAGCAAUGGCUCCAGUGGAAAGAGUCUAAGCCUGCAGUUGAUUGGAUGAGGACGAACCUAUUUGGGAUUAUAAUUCCUGGCAUGGCUUGCGAUAAUGCAGCAGCAACAGAAGGCAGAGGAGGCAUUCCUCCCAUGCUUUGGAAGUAAAGGUAGUGGGGAAUGUCACAAGGCCAACAACAUGGAUUGCACACAUAGCUCAAACCAGCACAGAGUUUCAGUCUGUUGGUCUGGCUAAGAGUUACCCUGUUAUUAGAGAAAACAGAAGUCAAUUUUUUUGACAUUUGGCCAGCGUGAUCCUUUCUCUCUCUCCAUUUUCUUUCUCCAAGUAGCACAUCUCAAAAAGAUUCCGUGUUCUUCAGAUGUACAUACAUGAUAUUUUUCUUUCCCAUUCAUCCUUUUGCAGUCUACUUCAGCAUGUCUAGAGUUAGAUGAAGUCUAGGUUAGUGACAAUCAACACAUCAACUAUCUGGGCUUCUGCACUACUUGAGAUAAUUAGCGGUCAGUGUGGUGGGGCAGCACUGGGAAGCUGCCCUUCCAACAUGGGCAUUGCUACAACUUACCUGGAUGGGGCAGGGUGGCAGAUAGGUAAGGGCUGUGUGCGUGCCCCUGCCAGUACAUCUGUGCAACACCAACCUCACUACCACCCUGCCCAUCCAGGGCACAAGUGUAGCAAUGCCAGUGUCAGGGAGGCAGCUUCCUAGUUAAGCCCUAUACAGCUACUGCUUGGGAUAUGUUAUGCUGGAGGGCAAACAAACCUGAGUUUCAUUCAUUGUUGAAGCACAAAUUAAUUUCUACUCCAUAUGCUCUUUCAUACUCACUCCAUUUGAUUGACCCCACAAGGUAGUUAUGAAAUUCAAGAUCCUUUAAGGCAGGAAUCUUAGAUUUGGUGUUAGCUUAGCCAAAUAUUUCAGAAGAUCAAAUCAGUUAUCUGAGUAAAUGGGAAAUUGAGAAUCUCAGUAGCAUAAUACAUUGGUAUGAAUUUUAACAGGGGUCAAAGAUGAGGAGAUCAAGUGCAAAGACCUUUGACAGCAUCCCCUUAUUUAAAAAAGAAUAAGGGAAAAGAGGAGAUCUUAUCAGAUGCCACAAGGAAUGGGCAUUUGGUGGUAAUGGAAACUAAUUGUACCCAUCUCCUUUUGCCCACAGACUUAGAUCUGGCUACAGCACCAAGGACUAUUCCCUUACUGGUUUUGUCUGGAGUGCUGUCAACCUCAGUCGUGAACACCUUGGCCAUGGAGUCAGCUUGAAAGUGACUGUGGUUUAUGACAGCCUGCAGGAGCCUCUCACUUUUACUUGUGACUGUAAGUUUUGCUGGUUUGAACUGGGGUGCACUUUCCGCUUGUAUCAACAGAGCAAAUGUUCCCAAACUGUGGUCUGUGGAUCACUGGUGGCCCAUAAGCUCCAUUCAUAUAGUCCACAGAAAGAUGCCGGAACAGGCCAGAAUAUAUGUAUUUGGUCUUACUCUUGAUUUAUUUAUUUUUGGAUGACAGAGACGGGGGCCAAAUAGACCAGGAAUAUAUUAUCAAAGAGGCUAACAAGGGCUUGUCACCUUUUAUUUUUAAGUAAUCCAAGGAGAACCCCAGCAAUUUUCAAGUGGUUCCUGGGGGCAGGAAUUUUUGAGAAUUAUAUGCUCCUUUUCACGGCAAUGUAAUGAGCUGCGCUAGAAGUUACCGUAUUUUUCGCACUAUAGGACGCACUUUUUCCCCUCCAAAAAUGAAGGGGAAAUGUGUGUGCGUCCUAUGGUGCGAAUGCAGGCUUUCACUGAAGCCUGGAGAGCGAGAGGGGUCGGUGCGCACCGACCCCUCUCGCUCUCCAGGCUUCAGGAAAGCCCCAGCGCCAGCCCCACAAGCUCGGGGGACAGAGGGAGGCGGAACGCCGCCAUCCCGCUGUCUCCCGAAGUGGUUUGGAGGCUGACGGGGAGACCCCGCCGCCGGCCCGCAAGCUCCGGGGACAGCUGGGAGACGCAGCGCGCCUUCCUGCUGUCCCCGGACCUGAUCUGAAGGCGGGCGGCGGGGAGAAGAGCGCUCCCCGCUGCCUGCCCCCAGCUCCGGGGACAGCUGGGAGACGCAGCGCGUCUUCCCGCUGUCCCCGGACCUGAUGUGAAGGCGGGCGGCGGGGAGAAGAGCGCUCUCCCCGCUGCCUGCCCCCAGCCCGGGGACAGCAGGGAGACGCAGCGCGCCUUCCCGCUGUCCCCGGACCUGAUGUGAAGGCGGGCGGCGGGGAGAAGAGCGCUCUCCCCGCUGCCUGCCCCCAGCUCCGGGGACAGCAGGGAGACGCAGCGCGUCUUCCCGCUGUCCCCGGACCUGAUGUGAAGGCGGGCGGCGGGGAGAAGAGCGCUCUCCCGCUGCCUGCCCCCAGCCCGGGGACAGCAGGGAGACGCAGCGCGCCUUCCCGCUGUCCCCGGACCUGAUGUGAAGGCGGGCGGCGGGGAGAAGAGCGCUCUCCCGCUGCCUGCCCCCAGCUCCGGGGACAGCAGGGAGACGCAGCGCGCCUUCCUGCUGUCCCCGGACCUGAUGUGAAGGCGGGCGGCGGGGAGAAGAGCGCUCUCCCGCUGCCUGCCCCCAGCUCCGGGGACAGCAGGGAGACGCAGCGCGUCUUCCCGCUGUCCCCGGACCUGAUGUGAAGGCGGGCGGCGGGGAGAAGAGCGCUCUCCCGCUGCCUGCCCCCAGCUCCGGGGACAGCGGGAAGACGCGCUGCGUCUCCCUGCUGUCCCCGGACCUGAUGUGAAGGCGGGCGGCGGGGAGAAGAGCGCUUCUCCCCGCUGCCGGCCCCACAAGCGCCUGGGGGGGAAAUAAUUUUUUUUCCAUUAUUUCCCCCCCAAAAAACUUGAUGCGUCCUAUGGACCGGUGCGUCCAAUGGUGCGAAAAAUACGGUAAUACCACAGAAGUCUCUUCUAGACCUAGGUUGGGAGGGUCUGGAUGGUUUUCUGGUGACAUUUUGUAUUGCUGUGAAGGGAACAGAAAUAUAAUCAGGUUCUGGGAGAAUUGUGGAAUGUGUGAUGCCAGAGGGAGUCUACUGGACUUGGGAGGAAAAGGCCCAGGAUGGCAAAUUCCAGGGAAGGUUGUAUUGAGACUCAUCAUGCUGUGAUUGUUCUCUCUCUCUCUCUCCCCCCCCCCCCCCGCCCCCAUCCUGGCAGGCUCCUCCACCGUGGACUUGCUCAUCUAUCAGACUUUAUGCUACACUCAUGAUGACUUGUGUGAUAUCGAUGUGGAUGACUUCGUUCUCAAACUGUGUGGCCUUGAGGAAUUCCUGCAAAAGUGAGUCAAUGGGCAAUGCUUGUCCAAAAAAGUUUAGGCUGGCAUCCUAUACUCACUUACUUUGUAGUAAGCCCCAUUAAACUCAAUUAACAUCCGAGUAGACACAUAGAGGCUUGUGCUGUUAAAGACUUACUGCCUUGUUUUUCCUUUUUCUUUGCCUCCGUUGGUGCAUUCUAAAUCUUGUGCUCUCAUGGUGUGCUGCAGAAAUAGUUUAGAGACCCUGGUGUCUUGUGGGGUGUGGGAUGCUACCUAUGGAGUGCUGCCCUAACAAUCACAAUUCUUUACCUUUCGGGACCACACCACGCUUUGCACAUAUCUUGAAUGGUAGUGGUCGCUAGUGCUGUGUGGCAGUGCUUACCUGACUCCAUCACUGGUGUCACUGCCAGAUACCAGGUGGAGGAGGGAUGAGGUGGCAGUGAGGUCAGCCUGGUGCAAAUGUACUGGCUGAGCCAAUCCAGUGCUACUGCUGGUGCAUUUGCACCUCACAAACCUCAUCCCUCUUCCUUCUGGUAAGCUGCAACACAGUCAAUGAGGUAUUGCUAAACCUCAUUGACUGUGCUGAAAAUUGAGAGCCAGUGUUGUGUAGUGGUUAAGAGCAGUAGACUCGUAAUCUGGUGGACCGGGUUCGCUUCCCCGCUCCUCCACAUGCAGCUGCUGGGUGACCUUGGGUUAGUCACACUUCUCUGAAGUCUCUCAGCCUCACUCACCUCACAGAGUGUUUGUUGUGGGGGAGGAAGGGAAAGGAGAAUGUUAGCCGCUUUGAGAUUCCUUAAAGGGAGUGAAAGGCGGGAUAUCAAAUCCAAACUCUUCAACAAUGCUAGUGAUGGGAGAUCAGGUAAGUGCUGCUGCCCCGUUGACCACUAUUGUUCUUUAACCCUCUUACAAAGUGUGUUUUAUAGAUCCUCCCUCUGAUCGUCAAAGAUUCCCCCACCCCAUCUCACAGAACGUUGUGUUAGGCCGUUCCAUAGACUUUUCCCACCACUGAAGACUGAAGGGCCACUUUGGGAUAGAAAUUUCUUUAAAUAAAUAAGCAGAGAAAUAGAAAUCUGGGUUAGUUACUGCCAUGUUUGUCAGGAUGGCAUCAGUCACAAUUUCACAGCCUCCAUUUGGGAUACUGCUGUGACUUCACCCAUUUGCUGCACACACAGUUUUCACUAGUUUAAUCAUCGCUUGGCAUAUAACAUCCGCUUCUUCCCAAAGCAGGGUGAUGUGAAGUCUGGAUUAUUUUAGCACCUGUUAGGAACAUAGUUAGGGCUAUGUGAUGUAUUUUACUUCCUUAUUUUUUUAAAUCUUGAGUGAUUUCUGCCAAGACACCCCAGCGGAAGCCUUGGGCUGUGGAAAGAUAUUGCUAAACCUCAUUGACUGUGUUGAAAUUCAUGUUCCAUGGAAGAGUCACUUCAUGAAUUAGGAAGGUGCCAAGUAUCCCUCUUUAGAUGACUGUCAUGCUUAGUAAGUUGAUAGAUGAGUCAAAUGAGUUGCAUUUCUUUAAGGUAUUUGUCUUCAGCUUGUGCUAUGAAGCUGUGUAUGGUAAUGGGCUGACUUAGUGCUUUUUAGACUGAUUGGGCUCCUGUAGUUCUCUUCCAGUUCUAGCUGCCAAAUGGAGGAUGUGCAUUACUUUCUCCCUGAACCCCAGCACAACAGAAAUCUUACGGAAUGGUCAUAAAUGAAGCAGACUCACAGAUAGAAGGUGCUGGAGACUGAUGCAUUCCUUGAUGUCAUCAUCAAGCAGACAUAGCUGGAAACUGGGCAUUUAAAAGGCAAAGAUGGUUUACUGCUAUAUUUCUGUCUCCAACUGCUUCCGCAAGACAGUGGACAAUUGGUGCACUUUGUGAUGCGGAACUGUAGACUGAGAGCUGUUGUAUCCCUUCCAUACGUAGUUCUGCUUUGAGCAAGCUGGACAGUGGGGCACAUAUCUCCGUCCCACGUUUGCUGCCUUUGAAAAACAGUCACAUCUUGGGGGCUCUUUUUUGCUUCUCUUUGGUACUGAAUGGUGUGGUUAGAUGAAAACUCCUCUGGGGGAAUAAUGAAGAUACCAUCUGCUUUCAGCAGCAGAAAAAUCAAUAAACUUUGCCUAUGGGUUGGCUGUCCUCCACCUGGGAGCUAGCACUCCAAGCUCUGGGCAGACGGUUUAGACCACCCGACCUGCCCUCCUUGACCAUGGUGUGCUGCACUUCCACCAAACAAAUUACUCAUUUAUGUACGGAGGCAUUGAGAGUGGCUUUGUCGUUUUGAUCUUAAGAGCUUGUGGUCCAGUUACAGCGACUGGGAAUGCAAGUUGGCAAGUGCAAACUGAUUAUUACUGGGACUAGCUUGUUAGUGAACAGACUUAAAAACCACAGAGACCUCUGCGGACAACCAUUCUCUCUCUCUCUGUGUGUGUGUGUGUGUGUGUGUGUGUGUGUGCGCGAGAGAGAGACAGAGAGACAGAGAGAGGGGGGGUGAGCAAGGGAGAACUCAAGCACUGAAAGCCAGAUCAAGGGAACAAAUAUCCCAGAUUUCAUUAUUUAUGUAUGGAACACUAUGAAAGUUUUUGUAAGUCUUGAGGCUAUUUCAUGCUCUUGUGGAGCCCUGGCAGUGAGCAAAGUGACCUAAUCCAUGGUUUAACUUUCUCUGCAUUGAUGAAUGACAGUGAGAGAGAGAGAGAGAGAGAGAGAGAGUGUCUAAACGGCUCAGAGAUCUAACUAUAUCACUUUUGGCACCACAAGAUCUCUUAGCACUUUUGAGCAUGCACUGUCUGCGUAGCAAAUCUCUUGUGGCUGCAAUGGAGUCCAGGGAUGGCUGCCUGUCGGAAGAACUCAGCCAACCACUACAGGGGGGAGUUGGGAAACAAUGUCCCAGGCUGAAGCCCAUAGAACCAGUAGGAGCUAUUGAAACAUUUCUUAUUAGUCCUUGCAGUGCUUUCUUAUUUUUAAACGGCCACGUUGCCACCAGCAGAGAAAUCUCUUUUCUUUUUAUGUAACACGCCUUAACUAAAAGCAGAAACAAGAAAUUUAUAUCAGAUGAGUAGAAACUACACUGCCAACCUAGAACCCACAGGCGCCGUGAGUUUUUCCCCCUUUUAAGUUUCUUUCUUUCUUUUUUUCCUUGCAGAGGCAUCUGGCACCGUAUUUAAGGAAAGCAAAAGGCCUGUUCAUGAAUUACAGUCUAUAUCAUAAGUGCAAGCUAGCAAGGCAUCUGGUGGCUGCAUAGGCUGCAGAGGGGUGGCCAUCUCCUUGCUGUUCAAAUAAUGGUUUGGUGAUUAAUGAGCUGGACUGGGAUUGUAGACAACUCUGUUUGAAUCCAGCCACUAAUUAAAAUGGCUAUUGGGUCCUGCACAUAAUGCUUCCUGGCCACCCCUCCCUCCCAUAGUGACCUUACUCAUAUUUGUGUACUCUCCUGCACAUCUGGGUCCCUGAUUUGUUCUCAUGGGUUUCAGCCUGCCUGGAGGCUGUUUUCUUAGUCCCAGGUGGCUGUAGCUUCCCAGCUUGUAAACAAGUGCAGUGGUACCGUGGGUUAAGAACUUAAUUUGUUCUGGAGGUCUGUUCUUAACCUGAAACUGUUCUUAACCUGAAGCACCACUUUAGCUAAUGGGACCUUCUGCUGCCACUGCGCCGCCGCUGCACGAUUUCUGUUCUCAUCCUGAAGCAAAGUUCUUAACCUGGGGUAAUAUUUCUGGGUUAGUGGAGUCUAUAACCUGAAAUGUAUGUAACCCGAGGUACCACUGUAAUAGUGAGAUGUAGCCACGGUGGUAGAAGCAACGAAUUCUGGCUCCCGAUCCCUGUGGAGAACCCUCCUGUUAGGGUUCAAAGACCAUGUGCAGGAGGCAAACAAACUCUCCUAAGGUCCGUAAGACAGCUUUCUUCAACAUGUGGGAGUUCAGGCUGCUUUUAAGACCUGGAGGGCUGAAAUUCCCCUCAGGGCCGUGGUGCAAGGGCCAUGCUGCCUGUAGCGCCUGAGUACAGGGCGAGUUUUGUUGGUGUGUAGUAGGCCCUGUUCAGUCCCCUUUCUCUCCUAGAAAGACAGCCUUGUAGAACUAUAUUCCAUGUGCGCUGCCUCAUGGCUCCUGUCAACGAAGAAGAAAUGCCGCGCCCUCUGGCUUUUAAAACUUACGCUUCGCAACAUAGGGGCACAAUUUUAUUGUAUCCGUUUGGGAAGCUUAGCACAAUAAUCUUGACAUGAAUAAAACUGGUGGUUUUUACGGGCCUACAAAAUCUCUGCCCGAGCUCAAAAAUGCAGGCAUUCCCUGUGCAAAUUGGCACGCAGGCUAUGCCCCCCCCUUUUCCGCACGUAGAUUGAAAUGAAAUGAGCUGACCCUUCUCUCUGCCUGUGUUGUACGCCUGCCUUCUUGGCAGGACACAAAGUGCCGGAUGCAGACAGCAGAAAUGCUCCUUGCUUGACCUUCCAUCCGGAUGGAAAUCUCUCUAAUGAGCUAGUGUGCAAAUGCCCUGCUCUGUUGCAGCAGCGCCUUCAAAAGAACUUUGGAAACCUCCUCUUUUUUGCAGUCGAGCUUCCUGUCUUCCCCAAACAAGCCUCCCCAAACCCCUUCAUUGUUUGCGCAGCAGGAUUCUUCACUUCUUGAAGACAGAGAGGUUGUUGUUUUUUUGACAGGCCUACCUUCAGUUCUUUUCACGCCACCAGAUAGAAACUGGAGGAGGAUGAAGUAAGGCUGUCAUCUUUGGACAGCUGCCCUGCACCCCCUUUCCCAGCCCUCGUCUAGUGAGGGACACUGGUUGGCCACCAGUGAAAUUGUCCAGAAAAGCCCUGCAGCGACACUACAUCACAACAGUGCUAUUUGAGCAAUUAAAAAUGGUAGCCAUUUGGCGCUUUCUGGAAGAGUGCAGCUACCGUCCUCCUCUAGCAAUGGUGAGCCUGGCUUUCUUCCACUGUGUUGGAGCCAAAAUAAAUAGCAAGGGAAGGAAAAGCUCCUGCUAUGUGGUGGUUGGGGACUCACGCCAGCAUGGAGGGACACCAGGGGGUCACAGGCAAAGUUCCUUCACACCUGGAGUUCAUUUAUUUAAUUUAUUUCAUCAAAUUUACCGUAUGUACUGCUUGAUUUUAAAACAAAAAUCUCAACAACAUUCCUCUUCAACCAGGCCUUUGGCUGAUUAAUAUUCUACAGCCUUUUAAAUGUGUUUGGGAGGAGGGUAUUUUUUGGGGUUUUAACUGUUUUGUGCUUCUAUCCUGCAUUUUUAUCUUGCAAGCCGCCUGGAGAUCUUCAGAUGAAGGGUGGUAUAGACAAAACAAAAUUAAAAAUAUAUAAAGCCAUGAAAUCAAGAACAAUUGAUAACUGUACUUUGAAACAUGCAAAAGCUGGCUGUGAGAUCCUGUUUGACAGUGCUAGGCAAGCUGUUAGCAACUAAAAGGCAAGCUAUAAAGCACAAAGGGACAUAGCACAGGCUUUCCACAUUCUGUCCAUGUUGGUGCAAAUGGCCAAAUUAUUUUAUUCUUGCGUGUGACAGUCUCUGAAAUAGACGAAGUGCUGUUACCAGUGUACAGUUGAAAUGGUUUUAGUAACCAGUCCAAUUGUUACAUUGGGAAUAUAUGGCAAAAAGAGCAAGGCUUUGUUUCCUGCAGUAAUGUUGUAAACCGGCGGCCCCUCCUUCCAGGCAGCUUCCCCCUAGGACAACUUUGCUGCAGUUUCAGCUUGAUGCACUGCAACAAUUUUGUUUCUUCUUUUGCUGACUUGGCAGUUAGCUAGCAAAUUGCUUUUAUUCUCAAACCACAUGCGCUUGGGGCAAGUACCAUGUUUUUGGAUUUGCUGAAAGCAGUCUAAGAAAUAAAAGCGAAAGGGCUCUGGUUAUCUUUUGUAUUUUUAAAUGUGCUUAUUUGGAAUUCCAUAAUGAUUUUAUGAAGUUCAGAAAAAUAGUACAGCACUAGAAUGGGGGGAAUUCGUUAGGUUUUCGUCCAGGCCAUAUCACAUGAACAAAUCCCAGUCUCUGUAAUAAUAAUUUUCCCGUGAAUGUUUUAAAUUGUUUGAGCGAUAAAACCUUUUGAGCACUGCAUUUCAAUUCCAGUUCUAAAGGAGAGAUUUUGAAGCAUUGGAUAGCAUGUUAGAAAACUAGUGACAGCUUUUAUUUAAACAUUUUGUACAUGUCAGCUAAAAGGCAGGACAGAUGUGGAAAUGGAGGACAUGUCUGCUCCCACAAAUUGAUUUAACGGUCAUUUAAAUCCUAGAAUGCUGUCCAAAUCCUAUAGACUUCAAUGGGAUUUGGGGUUGAGAUACACGUGUCUCCUUCAGGAAGAGACUGUUGAUUUCUCUUUGUUGUGAGGAUGAGCUCUUAGGCUGUGUGUUGAGUUUGUUUGUUUACCCCUUUUUCUAAAAAAAUCCUGGUAUGCUAAUCCGUUUAAAUAUAUAUUAAUCCCCUCCCUGCCCCCGCAAAGAAGGCAAUAUUAAAAAUAAAGGAACUCAAAGCAUGGAUCAGGGUGAGUGGGAAGAGUAGCUGUGGCUUGUGAAUCAGCACUCAGCACAGUCUGGCAAGGAGGCAGGAAGGUGCCUAAAUCUCACAUAGACUAGCAGGCAGCAUUCUGCAUAGCUGACGCCUCCUGGAAACAAACAAACAAACAAACAAAAAGUUGCUUCUGUUCAAGAUUCUGUGCAGUAGUUUGUACAUCUAUCUCAGAAUGUCUGUAUGCGCCUCUGCCUUUAACUAAGCUCUGAUCUGCACGAUUAAAGGUGAGGGGUUUUCGCAAACUCCAGUCUCCUGCGCCGUUGGUUUCCCUCAGCUUUUGACACAAGUGCCCUUCUGUAGACAAAAGCUAACAUUUUAAUUUUUUUUACAUCUCACUGUAUGCAUUUGAUACUGGCUCUCAGAUAUAUAAAACAACCAUUCCUGGUGCAUGCCAAAUACUUAAAGAAGUUCUGGAACUUCAUGUAGCUCAGACUCGAGAGGUUGCCUGACAAGCCCAGACUUGAGCCCAGAUACCAGGCAGGGACGUUGAAUGGGGUGGGUGGGGGGAGUCCACCUACAGGAGACACACGGAAAUAAAUCUUCAUAAAAUAUACAGAUCCUUCUUUUCAUAGGUUUCAAAGUGCCCACACCCAUUCAGGUUGCAGCCUUGAGAAUAGAAACAGUGGGAAUUUUAUCUGCCAGCCAGGCAGGGAGGCUUCUUCUGUGGGACAAACACUUUAAAUUGCACAAGCACCAACAGUGAUAGAUGCUCCUUUUCAUUGAACACAUACACAUAUUUGCAAGCGCGUAGGAACAUAGGCAGACCAUUGGUCCACCUAGCUCUAGAUCUUUUACACUGACCAGCAGCAGCUCUCCAGCAUUUUGGACAAGGACCAUUCCCAGCCCUACCUGGAAUUGAACAUGGGAGCUUCUGCACGUAAGGCAGAUGCUCUACCGCUGAGCUGUGGCCCUUUUCCCAGAGUCUGAAGCAGGCCAGGCAGUCUAUCUAGCCCAGUAUUGUUUAUUCUUACUGGCAGCAGCUCUUCAGGGGUCUUGCCCCAUCACCUGCUACCUGAUUCUUUUCUAACUGCAGAUGCCAGGGACUGGACUUGGGACCAUUUGCAGGCAAAUCCUGUGAUGUAACACCAAGCUGUGGUCCUUCCCAAGGCCCCUUGCUUUUCUGUUAGCUCUUGUCACCUCCUUCUCACUCCCUGAGUUGAUCAGGGAAUAUAUGAGAAGCACACCCCACAUUUGCCCACUAACUGCAAUUACACUUUCUUUCCCCUUUUGCUAAAAUGACAGAAUAGCUGGGGGUGGGGAUGUGUGGCAGGACAGGAGGGGCAGCAGAGCAAGCCACGGAGAGCAGCAGCAGGAGGCCCUCCAGGCCCGGUCCAAAUUAAAUGUUUUCAGGAAUUCCCUAUCUGCUUAGGGGCAGGUGUUACAAGCCAACCUGAAUAAGAAUGCCUUGCGGCACUUCCUGAAAAUGAAUGCAAAAUCUUCCUUUUGUGACUGUACUGUGGGCGCUCCUGACUCUCUUUUUUUGGCUAUCUCUUUUUUCCAGCUGUUGAGGUCUGAGCUGCUUCAUUAUUAUUACUCUACUUUUCUUUCUUCCCUUUAAAAACACAGCACUCCCCCCCCCCCUUCCCUCUCUCCUGCCUCUGCAAACUGGCUUUCUUGUGUGAUGGCAGCUGUGCCUAGUCUAGGCCAGGAUGCAGGCUCGAGGUAGAUAAGAAUUGACCCUUUCCUCUGGCAGGUGAAAGGACCAGACUUCCUUUCUGUCACUGCCCUUCCAGCAUGGCUUUGCUGCUUCUGUGGGCAUGUUUCAUUAGAAUCGCAGGCAAUGGCUCAGAGGUUGGCUCCAGGGCUUUAUGUUACAGAUUUAGGUUUGCAAAGAUGCAUGUGGGUCUUAAGUAGACCGUGCUGAGAGGUCAUGAGUUACAAGGAGGUUGCAGGGCAGUUAGAAAUAGCCAGGUGUUCAAGUUGUGAUUUGGCUAAUCUGCCUCCCAAAGAUUCUCCGCUUCAAUACAUUUUUAUCAUUGUUGCAGUUCAGGCUUAAACAUUUUUUAGAAUUCACCUGAUGUACAUAUUAUAUUUAAUCUUUCAUUCUUUGUCAUUCCUGAAGCUUUUGAGUUUUAUUUUGGACAUUCUUGAGUGUUGCAAUUUUUUACACUGGGUGGGGGAAAGUAUAUACAUUUAAUUAAGCCUAGCUAUGGAAUUUGUAGGUCUCUGAUUCUCGGGGAGCAAAACUGAAGUAUAUAAAGAUUACUUGACACACCCAGUGUCUUCAAGCCAAAGCAGUUGCAGAGCUAGGCUAUAUUAGGUGCUGGAGGCUCCAAGUAAUCUGCUCUUUCCUGCCUGGUUUAUCCUCCAUACAGCACAGGGGGAAAAGCCAUUUAGUUACAAUUUCUUGAUGUGUUUGCAUCCUUCCAGCAAACAUCCACUGGGAAGUCAUGAAUACAUCCAGCACUGCAGGAAGUUUGACAUUGAUAUCCGGCUGCAGCUGAUGAAGAGGAAGGCUGUGCGCACUGACUUGGCUAGGACCGUAAGUAUUUGCUUGCCAGUGAGCAACAGAACUGUGUGAUGUCUCUGCCAUUACUAGUACAGAUGGAAUAUGUUCUCCAUCUUGCCUAAGGUUGCAGGUCCAAUGGUGGCAUCUAGAGCACUCGCUGUUCCAUCCAUACUGGAUCUGUUUCAAAUAUUGCAGCUUAAGGAUACAGACAGCCAACCAUCUGCCUCCUUGACCCUUGCCCAUCUUGGAUUCUUCGAGCCAGUAGUAGGGGUUGAGUGGGUGGGUCCCAGGAAUGACUGAUGCCUCACUGGAGAAGGGGGAAGUACCAUCUGCCUUGAAGGAGGCAAUGUUGCUCCUCCUCCUUAAAAGGACCUCCUUGUACCCAGAAGUGUUAAACCACUGAAAGGCCCUCUCCUUCCAUGUAACUCUCGGGUUUUAAAAGUGGGUGGAACCAGAAGGGGGGUGGUCUGGGAGAGGGGAUUCUCUUUGGCAGUCCCUAAGUUGCAAAACCCCCUCCCCACAGAGGGGUGUCUUCACUGUUCAGCUUUCAGCAAAUACUGAAGAGGUACCUAUUAACUCUGGCUUUUGACACCUAAAUUGUAUAUUUUUAUGACCUGCACUAUUUUUGUGAUUGUUAAGUUGCUUUGAACUGUUUCCACCCUGAGAUCCUAGGGUGGAUGAUGGGUAAUAAAUAAAAAAUAAUAGUAAUGCUAAGCCAGCCCAUGGCUUAGCUGCAGCUGGACCAGGGGAGGAGCGCAGUAGCGGCGAUUUUGCUCCAGGAACCUGCACGUUUCCUCAUUCACACUAAGCCAUGGUUUUCCUUAGCAUUACAUGCAAACGGAGUCAAGAUGCAUGUGAGUAAUUAACCUUCACGUAUGCAGGUGAACGAUGACCAGAGUCCUUCCACGCUCAACCACUACGUUCACCUCCAGGAAAGGCCAAUCAAGCAGACCAUCACCAGGUAAAGAUGAACGGAGAAUCUCAGGGUCCCCGGUUCAAGCCCCACGUUGGGCAAAAGAUUUCUGCAUUGCAGGUGGUUGGACUAGAUGACCCUUGUGGUCCCUUCCAACUCUGCAAUUCUAUGAUUUUAUGGAGUGGCAGCAGCAGCAUACUUCGGGUGGCCUAUGUAAGGCCAGUGCUUUUUAAAGGGGGUACUCAAGGGUACACAGUACUGGCACCUCUUUUUGUUGUUGUUAAAAAGUGUGGCACUUACUGUAACAACUUUAUGGUGAGUACUGGCACCUAUUUUUCUAGGAAAAAAGCACUGUGCCCCCUCAAAAAAAACCCCACCAAAGUGAAACAAAAAUAGACCCAGUGCUGGAGUUCUUAAUUUAGGCCUUCCAUAUUGAACUCCCUCCAGCCUCUUGGGAGAGAGGGCCCUGGCUUAGUGGUAGAGCAUGGCUUACAUGCAGAAGGUCCCAAAUUGAAGCCAAGCAUCUCCAGGUAGAGAUGGGAAAGUCUUCCGUCUGAGAAUCUCGGGAGACACUGCCAGUUCUGAACUAGAUGGACCAAUGACUUUGGGCUGUUGCUUAAGAUCUCGCCUUUACGGAGAUCCAUUUCCUCCAUACGUAACAGCCGUGAUUUGCUUCCUUUUUCUGUGCCAAGCUGUCUGUUGUUGUUUCUUCCACUAGGCAGGCCUUGAGUCUCCUCUUCGAUACCUUCCACAACGAGGUCGAUGUAUUCCUAGCCGUGGAGGUGAGAGGAUAGCAUUGGGGUUAAUGUUGUGGUUGAACAUACGUUGAACUAUGCAUAUGGCUUUGGUGUGCUGCAAACGCCUCUGUGUUGGUGAAUAUUAUUAGAUGUAACCAUUACACCUUUGGCAUCUUCAAGCUAUGAAAUCCAUCCAUAAGGAAGCUUAUGAUAGGGAACCCAGUAACUCUCAACCACUUUCCCUGAGACACCCUGAUCGCCAGUCUUCCCAUCACUUUCCUCCUAGCUCGAACCAUUGCCCCAUGUUCUUUGAGAUAUAUCUCCAGUUCCUGGUCUUCUUUGGCGGCAGUGAGAUAAGAAGCACAUAGCUUUGCACUUGCUUUGUCUGCACCCACUUUGGUAUAAAACCCACCAUAUUGUUUGGCAGUGAACAGUAGCUGUUGGUGGGGCAGCAUAAACCCACCUGUGUAGCUGAGCUGGCUUUCCUAAGGCUCCUGCCACUGCCGGUUAACAAGAGGGAGGCUUGGCAUGGUGUGGGCACAGCAGUGGAGCCAAUCCGAUGUUUCUGGCACUGUGCCCACACUUUGCCAAGCUCCCUGCCACCAUACCCCUCUCCCUCUUGGUAAGUGGCAGGGGCAUAUGGCAUAGGGAAGCCAGAUCAGCAUUGCUGCCCUGCUGGUCACUACUGCAAUAUAGCACCUGGUAUGGGCAUCACAGGUACGUUUGAAGAGGCCAAAUAUAACAGACCAUUGUAUGAUAGAAAGUAUUUGUGAAAACAUAGGCUAGGGUUUUAUGACAAUGCAAGUAUUUUUCGACGUUGCAGUUUCCUCCAGGCCCUUCCCAUUUCACUAUGUUGCUCACAUUGUUUCAUUUCCUGCUUCAAGCUGAUAAGGUGCUAGUUUGUUUUUUUACUGUUUUCGCUAGAGUGACGUUUGCUUUAUAAAAUAAAUGCCCUGAACAUUGCUUCUCCCAUCUCAUCUGACAGUCCACUGCUUGCUUCUCCUCUUCCUCAUUCCAGUCUUGAAUCCUUCAUGAGAGUCAAAUUUCCCAGCGUAAGGUGAGGGCUGCCAGCCACAAGUGUGCUUGGGACUACAGCCAAGAGGCGGAUCUGCAUAGCAGCGUUUGCUAUCAGAGCAGAAAACAAACAGGGUGUAGUGAAGUGAUCCCCAGGUUCUAAUCUUGAAAUUGUCAGCAGCUUUUAACAGCAAGUUCCUAUCUACUGUUUGUUUCAGUUUCCCUUCCCUUGCGAUAAAUACAGCCAAAAACAUACUUGUGAAGGUAGGCAAAAAAGAAACCCAAGACGUUGUGAAGGUUAAAUUUCUCAUGACAAUAAAGGGAUUCAUAUAGAGUUGGGUUUUUUUCCCAUUUUGAAACCUCUACGUUAUCGAGCACUUAAUGUAGAGAUUAGAAUGUGUGUUUUAGAUCUUGGGAGUAGUGAAUUUAGCGAAAGGAAAGGGUUAAGCAGGAAACUUUGACAACCUUCUAAAUUGCCAACACUGAGGUUGCCAGCACUUUAUAAUUCCAAAAAAUUAUCAGGAGUAGUGGAUUCAAGUCCUAGCUUAGCUUUGUGAACUCUAGCUUAGAGUGCAGGAACGAUAAUAUAUUCAACUGAGCAGCUAGAAUUGCCUUUAGACAUCUCUUUUGUGUGAUUGUCUGGUUCUUGCUAGUGAUGAAGGUGAAGGGCUUUUUAGCAAACUGAUUGGAACAAGAACUAGUUUGGUCCCUAUCUGUGAAAGCACCCUCUUGCAGUCAGAUCGCCAUGACUGGGGGCAGAAAGUAUGUGUGAGAGAGAGUGAGUGUGAGAAAGAAACCAUUCUCCUCCUUUCAAGAGGUGAGUCAUAACAAAGCUAUCUAGGAAAUCUCAGCUGAAUGGAAUGUAGUUCACUAGUAUGUAAUCUUGAGGUGUGCGAUGGAUCCUGAAAAUAACACAUUUGAGAAAUGAACAAGUUACUUGAUCCUGUGGUUUUUGAGCAGGGAAAAGGAAAAGCUUUCUAGGUUCCAGUAGCUAGAUUACUACUCUCUGAAGAUUUUGCUCCCCCUGCAUGGUCCUACAUUAUUUCUCCCUUCCUGCACGUUUGUAUGGAAACGUAUGUCUGUGUAUGUACUACCUGCAGUGGGGGUUGGCAAGGUUUAUCUUGUGAUUUCCGGUGUCUGCGCAUGCGCAGACGCGAUUUCUGGUGCCGCGGAAGUGAGUCCUCGCGCCGCACUGUGCCAGUUUAGCGCAGUGCGUGAGUGGGCAGCUCAGUUCCAGGGCAGCUCGUGGGCCGGUCAAAUGACCUCCGCGGGCUGCUUCUGGCCCAUGGGCCUUAGGUUAGUGACCCCUGACCUACCGUGUCAUAGGCUGAAUACCAAUUGCUGGGCAUAACAAGGGAGAGCUGGUUGCUGCUGUCUCACAUCCUGCUUGUGUGCUUUCCAUUGGUAUUUGUUUGGUCACUGUGACAACAGGAUGCUGAUCCAGCCGGGCUCCUCUUUCUGGCCCUAACCCCACUCUUCCACAAGCUUUUGCUAGAGCAAUUGUCAGCAUGGCAUCCUUCCUUCCAAAUGAAAAAAAUAAUAAAAAGUUAGCGGUAUGUGCAGUGCAGCUGGAAAACUGUAGGCCCAUUCUUCUACAUCCUCUAUAGUGCUGGCUGUUGACUCUUUUGCCCCUGCAAACCAUAUACUGCAGAGUUUUAUCAAUCCAAUGGAUUAUAGAGCUUCAUGUGCAACAAGCAACAGUGCCCCUUAGUGGCACUUCUACCUAUUUGUUCUGAGGUUCCCAGGCUGAAAUUAUAUUGGUGGAAGGAGCUGGUAAUAUCAAAUGGCUUCAUGGGUUCCAGGAAACUUGGUGUUGACGUUAGGACAGUACUUCCAUCAAAGCAGGCCUUUGGAACGGAAGUCCAAGGCCCUAUUACUUGCACUAGUGCAUCAGGACAUGCUUGAACACAACAGAGUAGCUGCUUUAUUUCUCCAAAUCCUGUUAUGUUGAAAUCCAGUCUUAAGAUGCAGAGCUGGUGGCCACGAUAUGGAAAUGAUGAUGAUAAAGACCCAUUUGUCUUCCACUUUUAUGACAUUGGUUGAGUUUGGGGUAAAAGGAGUAUGAACAAACUCUUUUGUGCUUUGUUGAGCAGCUCUCUAAGAUCUGCUGGAGUUGAUAGGCUCCUCUUUAUGUUCUCUUUGGUCAGACUCACACAAGGUACUGGGAUUUUACCUCAGAAUAAUCACCGAGUUUAUGUCCAGGGAAGCCAGGUUUAGUGAUAAGGCAGUUAAGGAAGAGGUAGAUAAGUGAAGUAAAUUUAUGGCGGGGUUACUACUCUCAUUCACCCUAGAUCAGGGGUUGGGCACCUGUGCCCUCCAGAUGUAGGGCUCCAACACCCAUCACAUCCAGCAAGCAUGGCCAGUGGUCAGGGAUGAUGGAAGUUGUAGUCUAGCAACAGUUUGAGGGCUGCUGAUUCCCACCCCAUGCCCUAGAUGUUGGCUAUACGCACAACUCUUUGAGGUGGCACAUUGUGUUUUGCUCUAUGUGCUGUUACCUUGAGACAUGAGACUUUCAAUUCUUCAUCCAGGGAGACGUCCAAGUGAAGGCAGAACGAGUGAUCCAGUCUGUCAUGGCCAUUUGCAAUGCUCUGGCUGCUGUGGAGUCCCAGGAGAUCACUGCAGCCCUGAAUCAACUGCCACCCUGUCCGUCUCGCAUGCAGCCCAAAAUCCAGAAGGUGAGAAGCAGAAGUUGGUGUCAGGAAGCAGCAAUAUUUAAUCUGAGUGCCUAAGCUAAAUAUGAGAGAAAGAGGAGAGUAGAAUUAUUUUAGCAGACUCUUCCAUUUUCUAAAAAGAUGUAGCUAAGAAAGGACAAAAAGUGCCCUUGUGACAACUUAGUUUUUAGUGUCACACUUGACACUAAAAAGCACAUUUGAGAUUCUCUUUUUUGCCAUAUGUGAAUACUGUUAAGGCAAGAUAGCUGUGGACAAAAAUUCAGGUGUGAAUUCUAGCCAGUGUAAAGUUUUUGCAUUCACACUGUGCACUGACUUUGAGCACACCUGAUUUAAACCUUGCAUGUUAAUUUGACCUUGGACAGUUUUGUUGCUGAUAACCUUGCUGCGUCCAAUAUGGAGUGCAUAUUUUAAAAUGCCCUCUUCCAGUAGCUGGAUCUGCCUAAAGUGCCAUUACAUUGGCUGGUGCUUUCCAUUGCAGCAAAAGGUAGAGCCUUUUCAGCAGUGGAUCAGCUAUUUGGAACUCCCUAGGUCCUUUGUUCUUUGCACUCAGAGAACAUUCAGAGACUUUUCCCCUUUUCAGAAAGCUUUUUAAUUAUGUGGAUGGAUUUUCAAUCAGUUUCAUUUAUUUAUUUUUUAAAAAAUAGAUCUUGAGUUUCUCUUUGUUUUAAUGGGCUUUGUGUGUAUCUUCUGGAAUUUUAUUUUAUUGGCGGCUUUUAAAAUGUUUUUGAUCGUAAGUCCAUUUUUUAGCUUCUGGACAGAAGCAAGGAACACACAUUUUACAAUAAAGCAAUAAAGUAGUUAGAAUUUUCUCCAAACCUGGGAAAAUGUAGCUGCUAUUCCCACAGUUGGAUAGCUUGAACUGCUGGGAGUGGAAAUAUAUUGACAUAUGUUAUAUAAAGUGUUUGCUCAGAGUUGCUUGCCUUUCAGUCUGAUUUUCAUAAAAUAUUUCUCCUCUGGUUUCUCUUUCCUGAGCAGGAUCCAAAGGUUUUGGCCAUGAGGGAAAACAGAGGUAAUAAUUUCUCUUCUCCUGUUGUUGCUAUUGAAUUCUGAAGGCUUUUUACUUUCCACUGCCUCCCAAGUGCACUUUUCCAAUUAUUGCAUACUGUUAUUUAUUGAACAAAUUAUCAUCAUCAUCAUCAUUAGCCUUUUGAAUCUUCAGCUUAGACAUCUUGAGUCCCUAGAGUUGCUAUUCCAUUAAUCAGACUUUUCAGAGCAGGGUGGUUUCCUAGUAAUAAUGAAAAUUCAGACCUGAUUUUCAAAAAUAUUGAAGCCCCAACUACACUAAAGACCUUGAGGGAUUGCGCUUCAGGGUCAAAGUAAACAUAAUGUGGGAGAUCCUUGAACAGGAACCUCUGCAAUGAUUUUUUAUAUAAAAAACAGUUGAAAGGAGGUGUAGGACCCUUUAGACCAUGAGAGACAUCCUUCCAGGCCAUUUUACCAACGGAAAGUGAUCCUUACCCACCCACUGGCAAGCUACUGCUUGCAACACUAGGCAAAACCAUAUAUUUGGCUAUACCUUUUGAGAGAAUACAGAUAAUUGAACAAAUUUUGUUGCAUUGCAUUCUUCAUUAAAUUAUAUUUCCACUGGUAUAUAAUUUUAUGGCAUUACUCCAAAAGAAAGUGGUGUUACGAGCCAUCAAACCAUGGAAAUACACUUUUUCCAGAAUGUUUCCACAAUUUUGGCCACUAGUGUAGAGACCUGUAUGUUUUGGCCUAAGUGGCAAAUGGUAGCUUUGGGGUUUUAUCCCGAGAAGAGGAAAGGGGCUUGUAUCUGUAGAUGACCCCCAAGAUCUUUCCAAAUCUGAAAUUCUAUUAUCUGUGCUUGUUUUCUGGUAUCCCUAUCUUAAUGGAGACGAAGGAACUUCAGGAGUAAAGGAAUAAACUUUAGGAUAGAAGUGGGAUUAAGUAACUUGUGUAGGAGCUACAAAGUGAUGCAUGCUGACUUCAUCUGCAGUGCCUGUAGGCCCUGCCAGUUCUACACCUGAGCUUUAUAAAUGUUUGUUUAUAAUCAUUUAUAUACAUGUAUGUAUAAUUUAUAGUUUAUUGUUUAGAUUUGUACUUCAGUCUAAAUGCAUUAUUAAGGUGGCAUAAAGUAAAAAAAAAGUUAUUAAAAUGAAAUGUCACAAACACAUAUACACCAAUAUUUAUUUGCCAAGUUAAUCCAAAUUCUGCUGCAAGAAAAACCAAUUUCAGUAACCUGUAUAAAUUAUGGUAAUUAAGCAGCCUUUUUAAAAAAGCAAAUGUCUUGCCAGUGUAGCUGCAAAGGGAGUCAUGGAUGGAUGGAUGCAUGCAGUCGUGCAGAAGCCUGUGGGUAGGCUGAGCAGGAUUUUAUGAUGACCAGGAGGCAAGGCGUCAAUGCCUUGCUAUUAUUAUUAUUAUUAUUAUUAUUAUUAUUAUUAUUUAUUUUAUUAUUAUUUAUACCCCACCCAUCUGGCUGGGUUUCCUCAGCCACUCUGGGCGGCUCCCAACAGAAUACUAAAAACAGAAUAGAACUUCAAACAUUAAAAACUUCCCUAAUAGCUGCUUGCUCACUUCAGAUUAAUAGAAGCAGAGUAAAUUACGCAAAAUAAGCAAAUUUAUGGAGCUAUCUUAAUAUGUAUAACCCACACAGGACUUUUCUUGGUGCCAAAUGCUGGUUUCUUUUUGGAAAAGCUGCAGACUAUGACAGCCCUGCAGAGAGGGAACUAUAGGAGUCAUAGGGAAUUUCCAGAAAGGGUUAGCAAUUUUGAAGGUUGGAACUUGGCAGGCCUUCCUGUUGUCAGAGUAUCUGCCAAGCAUAUUUGCUCUGUGGGGGCAUAUUUGUGAGGUUUCAAAGUGCUUCUGUCAAUUCCCACCCCCCUUACAGAGAAAGUUGUGGAAGCUUUGACGGCCUCCAUCUUGGAUCUGGUGGGGCUCUACUGCAACACAUUCAAUGCCGACUUCCAGACCGCGAUUCACGGGAACCGAAAACAUUGCCUCUCCCAAGAGGCCCGGCUACUCUCCUGCCCCCUCUCCUUCACUGUCUAUGCCACUCACCGCAUACCCAUAACCUGGGCAGCAAGGUAAGCAGUGAUGUCUUUUCUCUGGCGCCAGGGAAGGACCGUCUGACACUUUGUGUUAGAUCUUGGGAUCAAGUGUGUGUACAUACAUAGAGCCAUAGUGGGGGCAUUAUACGUAUUUGGAUCAGGACUGUAGAGCUGUGCAAAGGUGCAACUCCAUUUUCCUGAUUUAUACACAGAUAUCCCUGAAGUUUCUGCUUCCACAGCACACAGAUGGUUAUUAUGCAUUGGAGCACCUCUGAACUAGUUGUGUCUUCCUGGUCAGAAACACAUAUUGACCUGGCAGGUUCACACAUCACAGUAAGCCAAGCUAUGAUGGGACAGUGCAACUGUGUUGUCUGCUAGGGAAGAAAUUUUGGCUGUUUUGCUCUUCCAUAGUCCUUUUCACUCAGCAGCUAAACCAAGGUUUGGCUUAGUGUGUCAUUGGAACCUGAGAUUGUGGUUAAGCUUUACAGCAUGUGGGUAAGGGGGAGAGAGCGUUAACUAUGACAACACACUAAACCAAACCUUGGCUUAGCUGCUGAGCUAAAAAGACAAGCAAAAAGCAAAGCAACUGUCCUGUCCUCCAUGGGAGCUCACACAUUCAUGCUAAGUCAUGGCUUGAGCUCAGCAUUACAUGUGAACACAGCCAUGCUGUUUAUCUUAACCAUUCCAUGACUUCCUAGUUAUAUUUCAGAUUCCAUUUGGCUGCCCGAGGUCACCAUCAGUGGGGAGAAAUUGUUUCAACCUUUACUGGCUAAAUGAAGCCAAUUUGCCAUUUAAAUCCAAGUUGCCAUAAGAUCAGCUUCACGGAUUCAGUGUCGCGUAUUCCCGGCCCCUUGCUCCCCCAAUUCUGACAAGUCCUUAGAAAUCAGGCUGGUAGAGAUUUAAGCAAACACAAUGUUUUGUACUCGACGCAUUUCCCCUCGGAAGAAUGAGGCUGGCUAGCUGAGGUCAGAAGACUAGAGGAAAGCUUGCAUAUAAGGGAGUUGGCUGAUCUGACUCUUGUUCAGGGCUGUUUUUGGAGGCUCCCUGGAAUGCUCUGGGAGAAUCCUUUGGUCUCGGCACCCCGCCUCCCUGGCUCAGUCCUACAGACAGUGACAGAUGGCUGCUUCUCAGCCUGGGCUCUUGCCCCUUCAGCCAAUGACUGAGUGGAAGGGAAUCGCUUAAUGGAUAUAGGGACAAUAGGAAGUCUGGGCAGGGAGGGGACAUUCCUUUGUAAGCAGCCUUUUGCUUGUGUGUUUGUGUUUCUCUAAAGGCACAGAGGCAGUGCCUGGGAGGUGCCCCUUGGUAAUCCACAUCCCCAGCAGCAGACUCAUGCAAGUGGGGUGGGGGAGGAGGGUCGGGGUUGGGGAAGUGAUGGCAACAUUAGCCGCCGCCCCUCCAGGGACCUCUUGCCUUUGUACCAUCCUUAAUGUAUUCCAAUGAGUGACUCUGAACAAAGGCAGUAGCCUGGGAAAUCCAGGCCUGUCUUGACCUUCGUUGCCCUGCAGCCCUCCCUGCAUCAUCGCUUGGCACCUGUCACAUGGCCGGUCCUUCUGACAAGAGCGCCAUGUGAUGGCAUUCUCCGUGGCGUAUGUCAAUCCAGCUGGCUGGGAAGGAAGUUGGGAGAGUGUCUCUGAAAAGAGCACAGCCUGAGGAAAAGACUCUAGGCUUGGCUUGUUGGGUGUGUGUGUGUGUGUGUGUGUGUGUGUGACAACUGCCACCUUCUAGCCCCCUCUCCCUCAGUCAACAGCUGGAAAUGGAUUGAGUUCUGCCAUUGAGCAGACAAAAGGGUUUCUGCUCAAAUUUGUGUCCAGUUUGUGGGAGUUAAGUCAGGGUUAAGAAACCGUCUGACUUGAAAUUGCAACCUUGCCUUGGAGGAUAGGCUGUUGAUGGCUACCAACCACAGUAGCUGUUUUCUAUCUCUGCUGUCAGAGGCGGUGUGACUCUGAAUACCAGAUGCUGAAAAUCAUAGGUGGAGAGAGUGCUGCUGCAAUUGGGUCCUGUUUGCAGACUUCCCUCUGGUUGACCCCUGUGAGAACAGGAUGCUAAGCUAGGCAGACCUCUGGCCUGGUCCAGCAAGCUUUUCUUAUGACCAGAGUUUUAAGAAGAACAUGGUUGGCACAACCCUCUUUUCAUAGCCCUAUUGUUGCUUGUUGUCAGGGAGGAAGUGCCUAGAAUCAGUCUGUGGAUGCAGGGCAUUGACUCUAAGCUUGUAAAUGUAUAGGUGUAUAGAAAUCUGAUGAUUUCUGCUGUGGCAAAAGCAUAGUUAGAAGAGGAAGUUAUUAAUUAGCCAUUGUUUUAUUUUAGUAUUUUAAAAUUUAAUGACUGUUAUUUCUGAAGACCGCCCCGGAAGGGUGGAAAAACACAAUAAAUAAUUCAACCAUUUCACUCAAGCAUCUUAGUGAGCUAUGUAAGUGAAGCUGACAGUAUUUUGAACAGUGGGUUAAAAUACCAGUAUUUUUGCCUUAUGUCUGUCUGCUGGGCAUAUUUUACAUCUGUGCAAUGCAGCAGGAGCAAGAAUAUUUCUGGCAUGUGGGAAAUAAGCAUGACACUCGGUAACGUACAUGUUGGCUAUUGUUUUAUAACAUGUGGUGUUAUAAUAGGUCCUUGCCCUAAGUGGCAUACAAUCUAGAAAGCAACGCCAGAAUAACAGCAGAGGAAGGAAAGGGGAGUAGAGGUAAAUAGGGGAAAGAACAUGUGAAUAUUGCAGUUGCAAUACUGAAUAUGGUAUUGAGGAUUCAAGGAUUGCAUCAAGGGGGUUCGUGGGAAAAUGUAUUCAUGUUUUGAAUAUCCUCCAACCCCAAGGCUCAAAGGUGGUUAACUGUAGACUGUAAUGCAAACAUAAAAUGUCCUGUAAAAAUGCUGCUGAAACAAACAAAGCAGCACAGAUUGUAACCCUGCCCCAGUCUCUCUCUAUCUCCCCAGCCCCUCAAAACUGAGCUGAAAUAAAAGAUCUGGCAAGGCUUCUGGCCUUGAUGAGUCUCAAGGGGCGGACGAGAGGUUUCGUAGUUGGGGGUCAUCUACUGAGUCAGGAUGCCUCUAAUCGAAUGGACAAGAUUUGUGCCUAUCAACCAGACUUGAACCAUCUGGGGUUUGCCUGCCAUUCAUUCAUUCUCCUUUGUGUGAGGGCUGGGGGGAGCUGGGGCGGACUAGGUGGGGCUGUUCCAAGCUUGAGAUUAAAACAGAUUCUCACCAAUGACUCAGCUGCUGAGUUUGAAAUAAAUCAAGUCAAAGUAUUUAUUUCAUGGGUUCCUCCUGUUUGCUAUUUGACUGCAGCUAAGAACUGUAGCAGGCUGCUUCCUCCCAGCCCCUGCCUCCAGUCUUUCGGAGAUCAAGGCCUUUUCUUUCUGCUCUGUGAGAUAACAAAAAUUUACCCAUCUCUCCUCCCCCCCCCUUUUUUUACAGCUAUGAAGAUUUCUAUCUCUCCUGCUCACUCAGCCAUGGUGGCAAAGAGCUCUGCAGCCCCUUGCAAACCCGAAAAGCACAUGUGUACAAGUACCUCUUCCAUCUCAUCAUCUGGGACCAGCAGUAAGGCACCUCCCCACCUGCCCUCCCCUGUCUGUGUUGAGAAGGGUAUAAAGGAAAGGGUGGGAAAGCAGCUGGAGAAGGGCGAUCUCAUGUGUUUUUAAUGCAAGCUGAUAAAGGAGGUGGAUGAGAAUUAACUCUCCCCUGCUUGUAGCUACAUAGCUUUGCAGGCAAAAAAGUCCCAGUUUUCAAUCUACAGAGUGAAGAAGCUGUGUAGGGUGAAGGGGGUUCUUAAUCUAUUGCUACUUUUAAUUUCUCUGCUCUACAUCAGCCUACCCUACCUCACAAGGCUUCAAGCCCUAUGGUAAAGGUAAAGGGACCCCUGACCAUUAGGUCCAGUCGUGACUGACUCUGGGGUUGUGGCGCUCUUCUCGCUUUAUUGGCUGAGGAAGCCGGCGUACAGCUUCCAGGUCCAUGUGGCCAGUAUGACUAAGCCGCUUCUGGCGAACCAGAGCAACGCACGGAAACACCGUUUACCUUCCCGCCGGAGCGGUACCUAUUUAUCUACUUGCACUUUGACAUGCUUUCAAACUGCUAGGUUGGCAGGAGCAGGGACUGAGCAAAGGGAGCUCACCCCGUUGCGGGGAUUUGAACCACCGACCUUCUGAUUGGCAAGUCCUAGGCUCUGUGGUUUAACCCACAGCACCACCCACGUCCCUCAAGCCCUAUGAGGAAGACAUAAUAUGUGUGUGUGUUUGAAUGGAGUGAGGUAUGGCCCACAGGUCCCCCAUCCCUGCUGUAAAGCAACACGUGUAUUAUAAAUUAGUAAUGUAAAACAGUGAUCCCUAAAAAGCAUGCAGCAGCUAUCAGCAGUAAAGCAGGGCUACCACUCUGUGUGGUUGUGUAUGUGUAGUUUGGCCUUCCCGUCUUACAGUGCUGGUUUUGCAAGGUGCAUCUCCUGGCAAACGCCGUAAUGUCUGAAGAGGAGAGAUGCAGGUCCGUAAGGCAGCAAAGGGACAAGCGACAGGCACAUGCCAGGGAACUAGGACUCCCUGUGGCUUUUGGCGCAUGUCCACUGGGCCUCCUCUUCGAUCUUCACUGGGGCUUCCUGGGGAGACAGAUAGUGGGAAAGCAGCCAGCUCGUCUGCUGUGUAAAGCGUGACUCAGUCCCUCACUUCUUUUGUGACUCCACAGAAUCGGCCCCGCAUGCCUGGACAAUUCCCUCCCACAGGCAGAGGUUUGAAUCUGAGAACCUGGCAAAAUAACUUCCGAUGGGUGUAGGAUUGCAGAGGAGUGGGAGCGGGUGUCAUCUCCCAAGACCUCAUUGCUAUACACUGUGCAGUUGCUGAAGGGGAAGGGAACUUGAUCCUAAAAUAGCCUGGGCAGCAGGAAGGCUGCUGGCCACCCCCUCUCCACUGAGGUCCAGUAACAUUUGAUGUUUUUUCUAGGCCAGCAAGAGGAGAUGGGGGUGGAGGUGGGAAAUAGAUAAUUUUAGAAGUUGCCUGUCCUGCAGAAGGACGCACAGUGAAGCUACAUGGAGAGUGUUGCCUCAGCUCCGCUCAGUGUGAGUGCUUUAUUCAGUGGAUAAGCCCCAGGAUGGGAACAGCCUAAAUGAGGAGCCUGCCAUGUAGCAGUUUUCCUGCUGGCCCUCAGCUGCACAAAGGGCUUUCAGGCAUGUGCAGCACCCUUGGACUGCCUCUGGGCGGGUAUCAGGCCGCGCUGAUCUGGCACACUCCCCAGCUUUGCUAACUCUACAGGAUCGGCUCAGGGGACUGGCUGGUGGUCCUUCCUGUUAAGAUGGCUGAAUAGGAAGGGGAAACCCCCUUGGACAAGGUUAGUGCUCCUGUGCCUCCCCCAGCUCCUCCCAGGAAAGCUCCAGAUGGAAAUGGGCAAUGCAGGGCGCUUGCACUCCCUCUUGCAACCGGAGACGUCCUUGCACAGCUUCCUCCGAAGCCGGCCUCACUGUAUCUCCAAAGCCUGCUUUUUUAAAAACAAAAACCCCCACAGCACAACCCUGGAGCAUAUGAAAUGUUUAAUAAAGCAUUUCUGAACACAUGCAGUGUGUCAUUUCCUCAGCAUUUAGUAAUGAGCAUGUCAGUUAUUUGCGGGGAAGCCUGUUGGAAAGAAGGUGUUUUCCUAAUCUUUAUACAGCACCGAGAAAACCUUAGGUUUUUUGUUAAGAGUAGUGGUAGUUGUGGAUGAUUAAUGUAUGACUUCCAAACAUGCUUGAGCCCCAGUAUCACUCAUUCCAAGGGGGCAAGCCUGUGUGAUUCACUAGCCAGAUGCUUGGAUUUUUUAAUCUGGGUCACCUUGCUUCAACUCCUUCUUCAGCCAUGGACUAGAGUAAUCCUAAUCAAGUUACUACCUGAAAAGCUAAAAUAGUGAUUUGUGAGGACAAAUAAGGGGGCCUUCACUGUAAAGGUCCUGCCCUUUAUGAUGAGCUAGGACAACCUCCUUCAACCUGGUGUCUCUCUUCAAGGUGAGUCUGGUGGCAGUUAUAUUCCAAAAUAUCUGAAGGGCAUCAGGUUGGGGAAGGCUGAACUAGAAUAUCAGGGUGCAGGAGUGUGAAGGAAGAUAAGCACAUUUGUUUCAAGGACUCUUGGGAAGCAGCUUUUAAUCUCUGUGUACAGGCAGUGGCCUGAAGUUACGAAUUUUAGGAAUCUAUAACAGAUACCUGUUGACUCAGGUACCUACCCUUCGUCAUAGAUAUACGUAUCAGUAUAUUUAAGAUGUGGCAUCUCCUUCAUUAGAGGCUUGGUGGCCACCUAUUCAAGAUGUGUAGGAGCUGAUUUCCAGCAUCAACAGUGGGUUGAAGUGGAUCGCCCUUUCAACUUUAUGAUUCUAUGCAAUGUCUAGGGAGGAAAGUCUGCACCCUAACACUGAACAUGUUUGUAGUGUCAUGGUGUGUAGUUCUCGUCCAGUGGGAUGCGGGUGGUGCUGUGGUCUACACCACUGAGCCUCUUGGUCUUGCCAAUCAGAAGAUUGGCGGUUCAAAUCCCCGUGACAGGGUCAGCUCCCGUUGCUCUGUCCCAGCUCCUGCCAACCUAGCAGCUUGAAAGCAUGCCAGUGCAAGUAGAUAAAUAGGUACCGCUCUGGCGGGAAGGUGAAUGGCAUUUCCGUGUGCUCUGGCUUCCAUAACAGUGUGUGGACAAAUGCCGACUCCCUCGACCUGAAAGUGAGAUGAGUAUCACACCCCAUAGUCACCUUUGACUGGAUUUAAACGUCCAGGGGUCCUUUACCUUUUACCUUUUAGUUCCUGUCCUUUCACUGAACUGCUGCUUCUCAAUGAUCCCUGAUCACCACUUUGUAAUUUUUCCGUCUGUAUCUCUGAUCUUCAAGAAGGGAGGUCCUCGGCUCUGCUUAUCUUUCCCCUUUUCCCUUUGUUCCAAUGAGAAGGACCAGCCUACUUCUUUCUCCUGCCAGGAGUGACUUGAGCCAGAAGCUUAUGUGUCAUGCAGUGCACUUUUUUUUAAUUUCCAUUGCUGCAUAGCAGGGGUUCAGACGCUGAGCGUUAGAGCAGUGAUAGUCUUUCAACAUGACCUAUUUCUCCUUUGGCUGCAGCUACAGUCUGAAGAGGAAUAAUAAUAUGAGCUUGGGUGGUGGUUGUGCUGUGUAUGUCCUGGACGUGUAUCCUACUUUCCUUCCUUUCUGCAUUUUUGUGGGGAGAAAUGAAAUGCAGAAAUACAACACAUAUAGGCUAAGCCACACAACUGGAGAAAAGUUAGAGAUGGACGAGAAAAGAGCAGGAGGAGGAUUUGUUACAGCCAAAGCCUGUAGGGCAAGUUGGGCAGUUUGAACAGGUCCUCUGCAAAGUGGUGGGUCCCCUCCUAUGCCACUGGGUGCCCUGAUGAUUAAAAGGGGGCUUAGGGCACCAGUGGGCCCUUCUGAGGAACUGGGGUUUGCCCAACCAGAUGAGGACCCCACAUGCUGAUAUUCAGCCUCCUAUAGGACAUGGAAUCAUAGAAUUGCAGAGUUUGAAGGGACCCUAAGGGUCAUCUAGUCCAACACCCUGCAAUGCAGGAAUCUUUUGCCCAACGUGGGGCUCGAAGCCACGACCCUGAGAUUAAGAGUCUCAUGCUCUUCUGACUGAGCUAUACUGCAGAUUUAAAGCAGGCUUAAUAGUAAUUUCCUUUCUCCGGGCAAUCCUGGGAUUUUUCCGCACCCUCCCCAAACAAUAUCCCUUGAGAUGCAGUUUGUUGGACAUAACGUUCAUUGAAAUCCAGUUGUUUGGUGUCUUAAAACUGUGCUUCAUUUUCCCCAUGUUCCCACUCUUGACUGCCUCAGAGCUUUCAGGUGUUGCUUAUCUUUGAAACCCAGACCGCGAAAAUGAAUAUUGAUGGCUGCACGCUAGGCCCGGUGCCCCUAUAGCUGUAGGAUUAAGGCAGUAGAAACAGGUUUCCUUGUGGAAAAGAGAUAACAAAAUGACACAUUUACACAAGUCGCGCUCUCCGUGUAUGUUUCAUUUAUGUACGGUAUGUGUGAGUGUGCAUGCACACACACAUGGAUCCAAUUCUGAGCAGUGAUUUAUUGUGUUUGUCAUACAUUUGGAUGCUUUGCAUUUUUAUUUUUAUUUUUUGCAACUGGGCCUUGAAUGCAAAUGCAAGCGAGGGAAAGGAGGAAAGAAGCACAGGCUCAAAGCUGGCUGAAGUGCACAACCUUCCUACAGGGUGAAACAAGGUCUUAUGUGGCCGAAUCUUAGCAAGUGCUGGAUUUAUGCCAGGAAGACACUGAUUCAGCCGCUGACGUUUGGCACUGUCUUUCAGUGUCUGCUCAGAACCAGUCAAAUAGAAACCACCAUCACUUACCUCACAGCAAAUGGCAUAAUUCCACCGCCCCCUCCCUGAAGACUUUGCAUACUAACCACGCAGCAGCACAGCCUUCUCCAGCCUGAUGCCCUACAGAUGUUUUGGGGCUGCAACUCCCAGUAGCCCCAGCAAGUACAUGUGCAAUACAUCUGGAAGGUACCAAGUUGGUGGAGGCUGUGUAAGUGUAGUGUAAGUUGUUUUAUGAGAUAGUUGCUUCUUCAAGGAAAAUGGAUGUUAAGCUGUCGUUCUUGCUCAUUGGCUUCUACUUCUUCCAGAAUCUGCUUCCCGGUUCAAGUGAAUCGCCUCCCGCGAGAGACUCUCCUGACAGCCACGCUCUAUGCCAUUCCAAUCCCGCCUCCCGGGAGUUCUUCCGAGACCAACAAGCAGCGCCGUGUCCCAGAGGUUUUGGGCUGGGUCACCACACCGCUCUUCAACUUCCGGCAGUACGUGUGGCUGCUUCUGUGUUGGAGAGAAUAAGCAGUGUAGCUUUCCGUGACAUCUGUUUGGGAUGAAUUCCAAAGGGGCAGGCCGUGUCAGCCUGUUAGAUCAAAUGCAAAAGAAGUGUCUUUUGUCAGCUAGAGGCCACUUCAUCAGUUGCAUGAAGCGUUGUCCUCAGCUGACAAGGGACAUAUGCACACAUGUCCAGUGGUGCAAGUGGGGGAAAUGGCACAUGGUGAGGCCAAAAUGGCGCAAAAGUCCCCGAACUGCAACAGGCACAGUCUGGCAUUACUGAGCAAGGCAUGAGAUGAUCACAGUGGUCAUCUAACAACAGCAGUAGCUUCCUAGUCAGUCUUCCUAGUCAGUUUCUGUUCUCUUCCAAUUGCACAUGUGUAGGCGUAGUGGGAGAGGAAACCCUGGCCUUGAUUAAGUCUUCAGUAAAUAGAAUCAGAUUUGCAGACCAUAAGUGACCCAGGGGAUUGAAUAGAGUUGUGGGCUAUUACAUGUUUGGUGCUUAAGGUCACUCUUCUCCUAAUAGCCCCUUUUAAGAAAAAGGCAACUGCUCAGGAAAGCAGGCCAGCAAAAGGGUCUUGAGUGAUCAUGUGAGCAGGAUCAUAUGGUGGCUAGAGAGAGAGAGAGAAAUUCAGGAGCUGACCCUCCCUAAUUUGUAGAGAGAGGUCCUAAGAGGAGAAAUUCAGGGUUCGUCAGUCCAGCCGUCCUGUUCCAGACAGUGGUAACAUUGCUAAGGAAUGAAGUGUGGUAACAGUAAACAACCUCAGUGUUCUGUGGGGUGAUUUGCUUUGAUAAUUGGUUUUUUGUUGGCACUGCUUUUGCUAACUGGGUCUUCUUAACUACUACUAGAGCCUGAAUCCGGUGCUAAUGUCUGUUUUCUUCUGCAUGUGCAUCCGUGCAGGGUCCUGACCUGUGGACGGAAGCUCCUGGGUUUGUGGCCAGCGACUCAAGACCCGUCUAGUGCCAGGUCAAGUGCUCCCAACUUCAACCAGCCUGACAGUGUUAUUCUGCAGGUGAGUCUCUUCCUUGGGCUCUGUCACCACACACAGACAACCCUAAUGUACUUUGUUUGUGGCUCUUAUUGUUUGCCUCUUGAGAUUGGGGAUCCAGCACUAGUCUCUGAAAGGUUUAGCCUAAGCUCUUAUUCCACUAUGUGAUGAACUUAGUAUCAGGAUAGGGCUGUAUUGAUUUAUGCAUCUAUCCAAGCAAUGGCAAAAUAACUGGGGCUAGGAUUAGUCCCAAUUAGUAUUAGUCCCAAUCCACUGAGAGUGGCACAAUAUCAAGAGUGGCACAUAAAAGAUUGAGAAGGGGAAUAGACUCAGUACAUAGGGGUAGGAGUAGUGCCAGGAAUCUCACUGUUUUUUGAAGAGGGGGAGACAGGCACUCCACUAUUGGAAAAGGGGGAUGCUUAGUUGUUUUUAAGGUGAUGGCAUUGCAGGAGAUUGCUAUGGGGAGUCAGUAGCCUUGCUGGUAUAAGUUUUUAAUGUUUGAUAUUUUAUUGUGAUUUUAAUAUUCUGUUGGGAGCCACCCAGAGUGGCUGGGGAAACCCAGCCAGAUGGGUGGGGUAUUAUUUUUUAUUAUUAUUAUUAUUAUUAUUUAUUAAUUCUCUGUUGAAGGGAGGGUUCAUGUACUGAAGCACUACAGCAAUGGCAACUCAGCCUUAUAUAUUUAAAACAACAUAUAAUCCUUUGAAAACAUUCAUAAAACGGUACAAACAUGAAGGAAGAAGGCACAUCUUAUUAGCUGUGGUGUAAUGGCCACUUCAAGUCACAGUUGUUAGUUGCUGCUAGGGGGAUAAAUGACACUUUCUCACUAGCCAAGGCUAGUUGGUGGUGGAAUAAAUGGCAUUUUCCUAACAGCUACUGUGAAUGACAUUGGAUUCCUUGCUACAACUACUUAUUUGUUGCAUAUUCAUUCAUUGUACAAAUAUUUGAAAUAAAUUAUAAACAGAGCACUUCUGUGAUAAGACAAUUUUCUGAAAAGGCUUGGAUUCCAGCUUUUGGUUGAUCUGGUAAAAAUUGGGCUAGGGAGAACCUUUCUCCGAAUAAGCCUAGUGCUUAGAUGUAUGAGAUUGUCUUCUAGUAAAUUCUAACCCAAAAAUGAUUAUGCCAGUCUUUAAGGUGCUACAGGACUUUUUGUUGUAAAGGGAAAAGUGACUGAAAGGUGACUUGUGGAGGCCUGAUUUUGCAUAGGCUGUAGUCCUAGCAAUGUCUACUCAGAAGUAAGUUCAAUUGAAUUCAGUGGGGCUUAAGGUUGCAACCUGAUACUGUCAUUUUGGGAAACUCUGUCUCUCUGGGCCUUGGCACCCUGAAAAUCCUUGUGCUAAGUUGCAGUAGAUUUGUGACCCAAAGCACUUGCCUAGUCCCAACACAAGCGUAGCAUUCUCUAUUUUUCUUCCUUUCUUGGAUUCAUCUAUUAUAUCUGUCUCUCCUCCGGCUCCAAUGUUUCUCCCCACCCCCCUUUUGCUCAUUUCGGUCUUCUUUUCCCCUCCCCUCCCCUGCACUUGCUAAUAUCCUUUUGGCUUUAAAGCUAGAUGGCUGGACCCCAAGCCUGCUGCUUAGGGUGUGGACAGAAGGAAUGGAGGGAGAGGCCGGUGCCGAUGAAGUGGAGAUUUGGCAGUGGGAGGGGGUGGGGAGCUGGAUCCAGCUGGGCUGGGUCUGGAGAGGUUCUUCCCUGGGUCAUAUUGUGUGCACUAUCCUCCUUCCCUGCUGAUUUUAAGCGAGCAGAAGGAUUAUUACUAAGCAUCCAAACCAGGCCCUGCUGGAGCUUCAAUUACUUCCCUUCCCUAGCCUCCCUUCCCUUCUGUUGCAGUUCUCCGACCUGCUUGUACGGGACUGAUUUCUUUGGCACGCAACCAAACGACUGGUUUUUCUUUUCCAAAGCCACUUACAAACCCAUCGAGUUUUGUUUAUUUAUUCAUUUUAAACUCAAGCUGUUGCCGGUAAUCCCCUAAAUGCUGCUGCUGCUGCUGCUGCUGCUGCAAAGGACCUGCAUUUGAGUAAAUGACGCACAUUGCCAGUGGCGCCAUUGCAUCCCAUCUCAUCGGGGCUUUUCCAGUCCAAAGCUGGGUGUGGUUGCGACUUUCUGAGGCUCAAGAAAGACUGAGCUCAUUUUCCAUCUUUCCUUUUGAAAGAUUUCAAGGAAAUGUCCUGUUAAACUCAUCCAUGGCUCCAAACCUUGAUACACUAUAGGCUUAUAUAGGGCUUCCCCAAGCAUUUGGAGGUCAGCAAAUAGCUGCCACUCUAAAGCAUGGACAGUGAGUAUUUAAUUCAAGAAGGGGUCGGACUGCAACUCCCAUCCUCCCUGGCUAUGCUGGCUGGGCCUGAUGGGAGUUGCAGUCCUGUACUACAUGGAGAGUACAGGCUCCUCACUUCCAGUCUAAUGCCUGUGCUGUCUGCCUAAAAGAAGCCAAGGAUAGUGCAUGCCUUGUGGUGGCUGUUGGUGUCUCAUGGCAUCCAAAAGAAGGAAGGUCAAACAAAAGGACCAGCUCUGUGCAUUUGGGUGUUUAAUUCAGAGCCAAAUCUGAUCAUUCCACCCAGAGUCCAGAUUGGUCUGGGCACACCAGUAUUCAGCUGAUUUUGGAAGUUUCUGGAUGGUGUGGUGAGUCACAACCUGAGCACAUGGUGUUUGGUGGAACAGCCAGAUGAUUCAUUAUUUGCCACUUCCCCAGUGACCUAGAUGUGGCCAGGCUAAAGGGGUGUGUUAUUUGGCCUUAAACCCCGGUCAGUUCCACUUCCUGAUCUGCUCUUUGGCCUUCUUGCCCAGAAAGUAUCCCCAUGAAGCUUAGUUUCACAGCACCCUUGCAGCUUUUCUACCAUACACAUUCGGACCUCUUUGUUGCAAGAACAGUGUUUAGAGUUACGAGGAAAACCUGCUAAAGCAUCCAAACGGAAAGGAAAGCAUGUGGGAAUUGAAACAGCCAACAGGGUGGUCUGGAAUUCAAUAUGGGCAGCAGCUGCCCAAGUGGCAAUGCAUAUCAAGUAGUGCCCCAGAAGAAAAGGGCUCCAGUAUUCAGUAGGUGGCAAGGUACGGUCAGUUGUACGGUGUACCCUGUGACUUGGGGGAAUGUGCAGGUCUGCAUACACAUUACACCCUGCAAAAGGGUGAAUGCAUGGCCCCCCCACAGUAGUUCUGAAUGGUGUGGGCAGAAAAAUGGAAAGAGAAGACAUACUGCUUUCAUUACAAUAAAAUGUCUUCAUAAUUUCUUGGCUGGUUGGUAGGUCUGUCCAUUCCACAGAUGUGUGUAUGGGAUGGAGCUGGGACUGCAGUGUGACUCAUUAUUGUGUCUGCUUUACCUACUUCUGUGCAAUGUGUCAUAUUCUGUGUGAUGAAUAAUAGGAUGCUCAGGUGCAGGACUCCUUUUCAGGCUACUUCCAUGUGCUGAUAGUGGGAUAAGGCAUCCCCGGUAUCAAUCUGCCCUUUCAGGGUGGCAGUAAGUACCGUAUUUUUUGCACCAUAGGACGCAGUUUUUCCAUCUUAAAAACUAAGGGGAAAAGUCUGUGCGUCCUAUGGAGCAAAUGCAGGGGGGGAGGCAGUCAGGAAAAGCCCCCAAGAGCCACACACAAGCUUUGUGCGGCUCUUGCGGGCUUUUCCCCAGGAGGGAGAAGGAACUGACGCGGUCAGUCAGUCCCUUCUCCCUCCUCUAGAAAAGCCUUGCGCAAUCUCUUCAGCCGCGGGGAGCCUGCGCAAGGCUAAAGAGGAAGCCCGGGCAGCGAGCGCAAUCCAUCCCGCUUGCUGCCCGGGCUUCCUCCUUAGCCUUGCGCGCCUCUCCAGCCGCGGGAGGCUGAGCAAGGCUAAAGAGGAAGCCUGGGCAGCGAGCGCGAUCCAUCCCCUCGCUGCCCAGGCUUCCUCCUUAGCCUUGCGCGCCUCUCCAGCCUCUUCCUCCUUAGCCUUUCACCUCUCCAGUUGCGGGAGGCUGCGCAAGGCUAAAGAAGCCAACUUUUAAAAAAUCUCUCUAUCUCUACCUCUUUUUCUUUUUUCGUCCUUUCUCCACCCCCUUCUUUUCCUCUGGAUCAGUGUUUUUGUCUAGAUUAACGUUUUAGUUUUGGGGGGGGGAUAUUAUAAAAAAGGAAACUUUGCAGCUUUUAUUUUAGUAUACAAUAAAAACAGAUUAAACAAAACACAAAAGAAGGAAAUUGCACAGAAGAAGAAGAGAAAAGGGAAAGCCAUUUACCAGAGGUAGAUCUUAACCCUUGCCUCACCUGGGAGCUUCUCUGGGCAGGAAUUCCCUCGGCUUAAGUGGGGUGGGGGGAGAGUGGCAGGUAGGGGGGUAUCUACCUAGACACUGAAGCCACAUGUCUCUCCAAUGAAAAUUGGGAGUGGGCAUUGUGUGAAGUGGCUGUGGAUCUCCUGCCGCAGACGUAGGACUGUAUAGAGUUGGGAGGGCCACCCGAGGGUCAUCUAGCCCAGCCCCCUCACAAUGUAGGAAUUACAGCUAAAGAACGCCAGGCAGAUGGUCCCCCAACUGCUGCUUAAAAGCCUCUUGUGGUGGAGACCCCCAACACCUUCCAAGGUCAUAGAAUUGCAGGGUUGGGAGGGAACCCCAGGAGUCAUCUAGUCCAACCCCGGUGGACAGCGGGCACGAUUCAUCCCGUUGCGCAAGGCUAAAGAUGCUGCUUAAGGCUAAAGAGGAAGCCAAGGCAGUGAGCGGGAUGGAUCGCGCUCGCUGCCUUGUCUUCUUCUUUAGCUGCGCUGGAGAGGUUUAGCUCCUGGCUGGAGAGGUUGAGCGGCUAUGGAUCCCGCUCGCUGUCUUGGCUUCUUUGCUCUUUGGGGCUGGAGGGGAUAAUAUUUUUUCCCUUGAUUUCCCCCUCUAAAAACUAGGUGCGUCCUGUGGCCCGGUGCGUCCAAUAGAGCGAAAAAUACGGUAUGCGCUUAAAAGGUCGUUCUUGUCUCCCUACCUUUCGCAGAUUGACUUCCCCAGUUCAGCAUUUGAAGUCAAGUUUACCAGUCCACCGGCAGCCGAUUUCAGUCCCCAGUACAACUUCAACAGCCUCUUUGAGGGAGACCAGCGGAAGCUGAAGGAGGUGAUGCAGAAGGAAUCGCUUUAUUGGUGAGAGGAUGAAGAGUGUGCCUGGGCGCAUUGUUGUAUCAGGGGAGAGAUUCUUGGUCACUGACACUUUUUGAUGGCCCUGAGUUGAACAUCUCGGAGGGGUAAUAGGCAGGGGUCCCUCCAGAUAUUUGCUGGACUAUGAUUCCCAUCAUCCCUGACCAUUGGCCAUGCUGGCUGGGGCUGAUGGGAGUUGGAGUCCAACAACAUCUAGAGGGCCAAAGCUCUUCCCCAUCCUUGGUUUAAGGGGUGAAAUGGUUCCUACCAGGCUGGUCCCCUCUGCUUCUACUCCCCCCCCCCCAUUUAAUAUAAUCGCUUUUGCUGCCACAUAGAUUAUGUGCCCUCCCUCUUUCUGUGGGAUCUGCCUCGCAUGUUGUCUAGGCUUCUUAUCUCCAGCGCUUGCCCCUCUCUCUUUCCAUCACUUUCUGAGGCGAGCGCUCAAAGUACUUUGUACAUAGUCUGCUCUGUAAUCAUGCCCAGGCAUCCAGUCUUCAUCCAAACUUGUUCAGCAUAUGUUUCUCUGCUAGCAAUGUACUUUCAUGACUACUGACCGCCCUGCUGGGUACUCAGACUAUCAUCUAAAUAAAUCUGUUUCCUCCACAAAUAGUCUCCAAGUGGCAGAGGUGGUUUCGAUCUAAACACAAAUGAGAAUAGAAGGGAAUCUAACACUAAUAGGCAAUCAUCUCAGAGUCUUCCUUGUUCCUAUUAAACUUGAUGAAAAGAUUGUGGAGAAAGGUCUACGGAUUAAUGUUCAAGGAAAUACUGUAGAUAAGGAAGGAUUUCAAAUACUUCCAUUAUAGCCUUGAACAAGUUAUUUGGUUUUUCAAGUUUAUAAUCUGCUCAAUGAGGGGCAGCCUGCCCCCACAGUUUAUUCCAUUUUUUAAAAGUUUUGUUUAAUUGACCCUGAAAAUGGCCCCAUGAGACAUUUUACCACACUAUAAAAUGUACAGUUAAAAACCAGGUAGCAUUGAAACACAAGUAGAAAACAGCUAUAUGGAGCAAACAGCACGCAGACCUAGUGGUGGGAGGAAAAAAUCCUUAAAUAAGAGACACGGGGGAAUGAUUAAUGGACUUCAAUGUCUGUACACUAAUGCGCAAAGCAUGGGAAAUAAACAAGAUGAGCUUGAGCUCUUGGUACAGCAAACUAAAUAUGACAUAAUAGGCAUCACUGAAACCUAGUGGGAUAAGUCCCACGAUUGGAAUGUAAUAAUGGAGGGAUACAAUCUAUUUCAGAGAAACAGACCAGACAAGAAAGGAGGAGGAGUGGCGUUAUAUGUCAGGGAUGUGUAUACCUGUGAAGAGAUCCAAGAUUUAGAACCUCAAAGCCAAAGUGAGAGCAUUUGGGUCAAAAUUAAGGGAGAGAAGAAUAACAGUGACCUCAUUGUGGGAGUUUACUAUAGAUCCCCAAGCCAAACGGAGGACAUAGAUGAUGCCUUCCUGGAACAGAUGGCCAAGCAUGCAAAAGGAAGGGAGAUAGUAGUAAUGGGGGACUUCAAUUACCCGGAUAUUUGUUGGAUGUCAAACUCAGCCAAGAGCAUAAGGUCAAACAGAUUCCUCACUGGCCUUGCAGUGAGAAGCAACAAGAGGAACAGCCAUUUUAGAUCUGGUCCUAACCAAUGUUGAUGACCUGGUUAGUGGGGUAGAAGUGGAAGGAUCAUUAGGCGCGAGUGAUCAUGCUCUUCUGAAGUUUACUAUACAGCGGAAAGGAGCAGCCAAGCAUACUAGGACUCAGUUUCUUGACUUUAAGAAAGCCGACUUCAUAAAACUUAGGGAAGUGCUGGGUGAGAUCCCAUGGACAGUAAUACUAAAAGGAAAGGGAGUUCAUGAUGGCUGGGAGUUUGUUAAGAGGGAGAUACUAAAAGCACAACUUCAGGCAAUACCAAUGAGACGGAAACAUGGAAGGUGCCUAAAGAAGCCAGGGUGGCUAUCUAAAGAACUUUUAAAUGAGUUAGGAUUAAAAAAGGAUAUGUACAAAAAAUGGAAAAGGGGGGAAACCACCAAAGAGGAAUUCAAACAAAUAGCCAGCACCUGUAGACACAAAGUCAGAAAAGCUAAAGCACAGAAUGAACUCAGGCUUGCUAGAGAGGUUAAAAGCAACAAAAAGGCUUUUAUGGGUAUGUUCGUAGCAAAAGGAAGAACAAAGAAACAGUGGGGUCACUCAGAGGAGAAGAUGGAGAAAUGCAAACAGGGGACACAGAAAGGGCUGAACUCCUCAAUGCCUUCUUUGCCUCAGUCUUCUCCGAUAAAGAAAACAAUGCCCAACCUGAAGAAUUUGGAGCAAAUGAUUCAGCAAAGGAAACACAGCCCAGAAUAACUAAGGAGAUAGUACAAGAAUACUUGGCUAGUUUAGAUGUAUUCAAGUCUCCAGGGCCAGAUGAACUGCAUCCAAGAGUAUUAAAAGAACUGGCAGAUGUGAUCUCAGAACCACUGGCAGUCAUCUUUGAGAAUUCCUGGAGAACAGGCGAAGUCCCGGCAGACUGGAGGAGGGCAAAUGUUGUCCCUAUUUUCAAAAAGGGGAAAGAGAGGACCCAAAUAAUUACCGCCCAGUCAGUCUGACAUCAAUACCAGGGAAGAUUCUGGAGCAGAUCAUUAAGCAAACAGUCUGUGAGCACCUAGAAAGGAAUGCUGUGAUCACCAAUAGUCAGCAUGGAUUUCUGAAAAAUAAGUCAUGUCAGACUAACCUGAUCUCGUUUUUGACAGAAUUACAAGCCUGGUAGAUGAAGGGAACGCAGUGGAUGUAGCCUACCUUGAUUUCAGCAAGGCAUUUGACAAGGUGCCCCAUGAUAUUAUUGUAAAGAAGCUGGUAAAAUGCGGUCUUGACUAUGCUACCACUCAGUGGAUUUAUAAUUGGCUGACUGACCGAACCCAAAGGGUGCUCAUCAAUGGUUCCUCUUCAUCCUGGAGAAGAGUGACUAGUGGGGUGCCACAGGGUUCUGUCUUGGGCCCGGUCUUAUUCAACAUCUUUAUCAACGACUUGGAUGAUGGACUCAAGGGCAUCCUGAUCAAAUUUGCAGAUGACACCAAACUGGGAGGGGUGGCUAACACCCCAGAGGACAGGAUCACACUUCAAAACGACCUUGACAGAUUAGAGAACAGGGCAAAAACAAACAAGAUGAAUUUUAACAGGGAGAAAUGUAAAGUAUUGCACUUGGGCAAAAAAAAAAUGAGAGGCACAAAUACAAGAUGGGUGACACCUGGCUUGAGAGCAGUACAUGUGAAAAGGAUCUAGGAGUCUUGGUUGACCACAAACUUGACAUGAGCCAACAGUGUGAUGCGGCAGCUAAAAAAGCCAAUGCAAUUCUGGGCUGCAUCAAUAGGAGUAUAGUAUCUAGAUCAAGGGAAGUAAUAGUGCCACUGUAUUCUGCUCUGGUCAGACCUCACCUGGAGUACUGUGUCCAGUUCUGGGUACCACAGUUCAAGAAGGACACUGACAAACUGGAACGUGGUCAAAGGCCUGCAAACGAUGCCUUAUGAGGAACGGCUAAGGGAGCUGGGCAUGUUUAGCCUGGAGAAGAGGAGGUUAAGGGGUGAUAUGAUAGCCAUGUUCAAAUAUAUAAAAGGAGGGGAGGGAGAGGAGGGAGAAAGGUUGUUUUCUGCUGUUCCAGAGAAGCGGACACGGAGCAAUGGAUCCAAACUACAAGAAAGAAGAUUCCACCUAAACAUUAGGAAGAACUUCCUGACAGUAAGAGCUGUUCGACAGUGGAAUUUGCUGCCAAGGAGUGUGGUGGAGUCUCCUUCUUUGGAGGUCUUUAAGCAGAGGCUUGACAACCAUAUGUCAGGAGUGCUCUGAUGGUGUUUCCUGCUUGGCAGGGGGUUGGACUCGAUGGCCCUUGUGGUCUCUUCCAACUCUAUGAUUCUAUGAUUCUAUAAAAUUGGAGGCUGGAUCCACAGUAAUGCUGUUCUCAUCCUGGGAAUCUCCAUGGUUAAAACCUUAGGUGACUUGGAAUAUGAGUGGCAAAACUCAAAUGCCACAAGAGCCAGUAAGGACUGCUGUCAGACUGUACCUACUUGAUAUGUUAUUAACAACAUUAACACUGAUUGCUUCCAUAAUUGAUCCCUUUAGUGUUUCUUUCCUGUAAUUAGCCUGAAGUAGAAUUAAAGCAGAGAUUCCAUACAAGCACUUAAUAAACUAGCACUAUAUAAUCUAGCAAUGCUGUUCUGUUUGGCCCAGAUUCUCCUAUAAUGGGCUGAGCCUGCAUGCAGGGAGUUCUUAAUUAAAGGCAAAUGGGCUUUAAGAGCCUCAAUAGCACUUCGUCCACCCAGGACAGGCUGCUAUGGUAAUUGCAUUUAAAUUAGCCAAAAUAGUCAUAGGUCAGGUUUGCAAAACACUGAGGGACACUGAAAUGCGCAGAUGGACAAUGACAUUGUCAGGUCGUGCCAUAAAAAGUGAACCAAGGAGGGCAAUUUCAGAAAGAAAGUCUUAAUAUGAAAGCAGGCGCUGCUCUUAAUUCUUAAAGUACAGUGGUACCUUGGUUGUCGAACUUAAUCCAUUCUGGGAGCCAAAACAUCCGAGUACCAAGGCGUUCGACAUUAAAAUAGGGGGAAGUUUUGAUUUUCACCUUCUACCCGGUGCCUUCACUGGCAUCAUUUGGGUGCCAGGUAAAGACCUACCUCUUUUCCCAGGCCUUUGAUGGAGUUAAUUGAUUUUGUUGUUGGUGUGCGUCUAACGCUUGCUGUUGGAGUGGGAGGGCUGUUUUCUGAAUGAGAAAUUGUUCAUGUUUAUAUGAUUCUUCUUUAAGUAUGGUAUAGUAUAUAUGAGUGUAAAUCUUAAGUACUUGAUUAAUUUAUAUACCACUUGGAUGCAAAAGUGGCCAAUAUAUUGUAACUUGCUUGGAUAACUUUUUGGGUAACGAGCAGCUAAUAAGCUCAGAUAGAGCUGUAGUGUUUUUCUUUGAAGGUUUUUCUUCUGGGUGGUUGGGGUCAUCGCCUUCAAUUUAUUGGCUACCUCCAAUCCUGCUCUUUGUCUUGAACAUAUUAGUAUAUAAAUAGGUCCAAUGUCAGGCUGCCCUCACCCUUUCCCCUCCUUUGGCUGAAAGCAAGAAAGCUUUCUGCAGCAUUUUCUCGGUGCUUGGUAGGGGCAGACCAUCCCUUCCUGGCAUUGUACAGUAGGUUGUGCCACUUCCCUUCCUGUCUGCUCUGGGUCACAGCUGCGGUGGGAAGUUCUCAUGUGCUUUUCACUCUCCUUCAUUUUUGUUCUGGCCUGAGUGAGUGAAUGUAUUUCCUGGAGGUGGCUUAAGGAAACCUGUGGGAAUGGAGCUAGCCCUAUUAUGCGAGUGCCUUGGCCAUAUUGCUUUGCCAGCAUCCGGACACUCAGCCCCUCCCUGUUAUUCCUCUAGCACUGCGGCUGGGCUGAUCUUGAUGGCCCUGGAUCCUAGCUUUGGCCUCUCACAAAACCAACCCUGGUCUCCCUCCAAUUCUUCUGUGUGAUUCAGUUUUCCUCUCACUGCCUUGCCAAGACAGCUCAGAGGCACUGUCAGUCCCUGGGAAAUGGCUUUCAAUGCAAAAGCUCAACACUGGAACACACCAAGUCAUUAGUAACUGGCGCAAUGGCUGCUCACCACUAAGCAGCUACUCCAACAGAUUUGGGAUUGGGCAUGUGGCUUCCAGGCCCCUUGUUUUACUCUACUCUUGUCUCUCCAAGCUAUUCUAUUUUCUUUGGCCUUCUGUUCUUUCCCCCCUCCUCCCUAUACUGCAACUUCUCCCUGUUCUAUUCCAGUUCAGGACACCUCCAGUUGCUCCUCAAAUCUUGGCCUUUUACCUUCCCUGAACACAGGCCUCCAAAUCUCUCUCCUCUCCACCACUUACCCUUUUGCAGUCCUGAACUGCAUGUAUGAGUCCUGCUCAGUCCCCACCCCCCGCCUCUCUUUAAGACUGACUGCCUUAAAAGAUCUCUUUCAUACCCCUCACUUUUGACCUUUUCCCCCUGAGCUGCCCCCAUGAGCUGCAUUGACCUUCAACAUGGAAAUACCCCUGAGGCACCGAACAAAAUCAGUGCUAGCUAAUUUUCUAGCUGGAGCCUGAGCCACAGAGGGGCAAGCAUCAUUUCCAGGGUUUAGCCGUAGAAUCAUAGAACUCUACAGUUGGAGGGAAUCACAGCUAAAGAAUCCCUGACAUGCGGCCACCCAACUUCUGUUUCAAAACCUCCAAUGAAGUAGAAUCCACCAUCUUUGGUAGUAGACCAUUCCACUGUCAAAACAGCUCUCACCAUCAGAAAGUUCUUCCUAAAGUUUUAUCAUAAUCUUCUUCCUUGUAAGUUGAAUCCAUUAGUUCAAGUCCUACUCUCCAAAGCAGAAAACAAGCUUGCUUCACCAUCCAUGUGACAGCCCUUCAGAUAUUUGAAGAUGGCUGCUGUAUCAACUCUCAGUCUUCUCUUCUCCAGGCUAAGCAUACCCAGCUUCCUCAGCCAUUCCUCAUAAUGCUUGCUUUCCAGACCCUUUAUCAUCCUGGUCACCCUCCUCUGCACACAUUCCUGUCCAUAAUCCCUGUUUUCAGUGUAGGGCUUCACUUUGAAACGUGUAAAGAAAUAGUGUCUCAUCAUUGUCUAUUAUUAGCUCAUUGCCAAUCAUCUGUGGUUGGCCAGGGUUGGUUGGUAGGCAGAACAUCUGGAUCAGAGAAUGUGCUUUCUGAGUCUCAUUACCUCAUUUUCUCGAAAUUAAGCACUACUAAGUUCAUUCUUUCCUUUAGUCAUUGCCAGACUGUUGUGCUAUCAAGUCUAGGUUGUUUUUUUUAAGAUAGCAUCAGGAAUUUUCAGGAAUUUUUAACCCCCUCCUCCCUAAAAUUCAGCUUCAUGUUGAAUCAUCAGUGCUUUGGUGGGGAGAAAGGAUGCAGGUGGAACCUCAAGCAAGAGCAGAGGUAUUUCACUGCGUCUGGAUGACACAGUGCUCCUCUUCCUGAGGGCUUUUGCGUUCAUCACGGGCCGCAACUUCCUUUCCUCCUUUAGCUCUUGCGGCAGGAGAACCUUUGACCCCAUUAGACUGGGGAUGGAAUUGCUUCAAGUCACCCCAUUAGCCACCUGAUCCCAUCUUCCCCAUGGAGAGAGAAAUGGAUUGACUGGUAAUUGAAGCAUGCAGCCUUGCUCUGUUUGAGAUGAAGCAGUGUGUGGUUCUCUUUCUGCGGUUUUGCUGCUCUCUGGUGGAGUCCCAAAGCAACAUCAGUUUGGUGGUGGUGAGGAGACACAGAACAGUCAAGGUUCAGUCUGUGUUCCUGUGAACAAACAGUAUAUGAUCAAAUGGCACGAGGCUCUUCUCUGGCAGUCCUACACGAGAAUGGGCUGUUCUCUCCCUCUCUCAUGCAAACAAACUGCACAGAAAUAUAUUUCCAAUGGCCUCCCCAUUCUUUUUGUGCCUUUAUUCUGCGUCAAAUGUGCAUAAGGUUCCCUUAAAAGCACAAGUGCCUUUCUAGAUCAGGUCAAAGAAAGGCUCAUAGUGUCUGUUCCAGCAUCGGGUUUCCAGAAUCAGCCAGUUUGGGUGCUUCUGGAAAUUUUGCAAGUGCCAUAACUAAUAGCCCUUGUGUCCCCAGACUGAUCUUAAGAAUUCUCUUGUCCCAGGCUAACAGAUGCCGACCGGAAGCGGCUGUGGGAGAAGCGUUAUUACUGCCACUCUCAGCCGGGCUCCCUCCCUCUGCUGCUGGCCAGCGCCCCAAGCUGGGAGUGGGCCUGCUUGCCUGACAUCUAUGCCCUGCUGAAGCAAUGGACUCACAUGAAUCACCAAGAUGCUCUUGGGCUGCUGCAUGCAGCGUAAGUCCUCUUCCUAGUCUGGGGGUUUUUUAUUGUAUUUUGUGAAGGUGGUUUUAUGCAUUUGGGGGAGGUUCGUUUUAUUGUCCAUGUGUCUUAUUGUUGUCUGUUGCUUUUGAAGGUUCUUUUUGGGUAGAGAAAGAGGGGAACUGUUAAGUUUUAUGCAUAAUGAAAGGUGGCUAUCAACAUGGAGGUGGAGUCGUCCCCUAGUGAAAAUCUCCUGAUAUGUCGCUGCAGGUUCCCAGAUCAGGAGGUGAGGAGGACAGCUGUGCAGUGGAUUGAUUCCAUAUCUGAUGCUGAGCUACUGGAUUAUUUGCCCCAGCUGGUACAGGUAAGUCACAUGUGCUGACCAGGCGAGCAGCCAUAGCAUUGUCAUGUUACCUGAAAAAUAUUUGCAUUCCAUUUGCGAGCACACAUGCCAGUAGCUUGUGUGCUUAGACAACAUUGUAUCUCGGGAGGCAGCUGCCGUGGCAGAGGGCUUAGUUCUUUGGAAGCUCAGAACCUGAGCAGCAAAACCCUAAAGCAGUUUUUCUCCAAAUGGUUGGAGUUUCAGAAGCCUUUGUAAAAUGGCCAGUUUAUGAUACCCUAAGGAUAGGUUGCUAGGCUUCACUUCACCUGUACUAAAGAUAGUGGAGCAUUCAGAAUUAAAGCAGGAUGAUACUGAGGAAGAACUCUUAAAGGGCAAAUCCUUCCAGCAGGAUUUCUGACUGCUGUCAUAAGUCACGUUCUUCAGUUCGUUCUCUUGUAUUCUACAGUUAAUUAGAAAUAGUUUUUGUUCUCACAAUGAGCAGCGUUUAGAUUUGUCUUAGGAGGACUGUUUCAAAAUCUUAACAUUUUGCCUUGAUGAAUUCCUACUAAAAAACAAAACAAAACUCCAGUGUAAUAAUUAUGUUUCUCGUCUUUGCUGCCUGCAAUGUAGAGAAAUAUUUUUUUUCUGUCUUUUGGUGAAUGCUUGUACUGAGAUUGUCAAGGUUUGCCUAUAUUUUCUAGGCUAAUUUACCUCAGGUAUUCUCACAAUUGCAGUGCUGAGCGGAACUAUCACUACUAUUCUUGUUUUUGUUUCUUUUUAAGGCAGGGGCAACAUUUUACUCUUCUACCAUACUUUAAACGUCCCAAUUUGUGUUCUCAUAAAAAUGGUUCCGUUUUCAACACCCUGUGUGAGAAAACAAACAAACAAACAAACAAAUAAGUCUCACAAUGUAAGAGGUAACAUAGUAAUAGUACUACAUUAAUUGAUUUUUGGAUGAUUUCUCGGGUGCUUUCCAAGCUGUAGAGCCAAAAGGAAAAAAGCACAUGUUUUUCCUCAAACAGGAUACACAAAAGGGAUGGUGGUGGAAGCUGUUUCUCCACCCUGGGACAGGGCCUUUUCUGUGGUAGUGCAUUGGUAGGGGGUCCUCCUUCCUACAGAACAAAAGGCCAACAAAAUUCUGAAAUCUUUACUUUUUUUAUGACUCACGUGCAUCCUGAUUGAGUCUCCCUUAGUUGUAUACCAGCUUGCGAGAGCUAUGCUCCCAAAGGCAGACUAUUAAAGAAUAACCAAUCUUUUCUUUUCUCUCCCAGGCUCUGAAAUAUGAAUGCUACCUGGACAGUCCCUUGGUGCGGUUUCUUAUGAAGCGAGCCGUCUGUGACCUGAGGAUAACUCACUAUUUUUUCUGGUAAUGUUGGUGGAUGUGCUGUUGGCAUAGUGAAUGAUUUAGAAACAAGGGUGUGUGUGUGUUUUAAAAAAGAAAAAGAGAGAAUCUGAAGAAGUUAUGAUCAUCAAGUUUGAAUCUUUCUAGCAGAUGCUAGAAAAUGUUCAGAACAUUAUGCUUCCAUUCACUGUUACCAGCCUUUGAAUAAAUGAUUUCUUUCCUAAGAAUUGCUUAGCAUUACACCCAUAAAUACCUUUGUUCAGAACUGGAUUUCUAUGCUUUCAUUUCUCUCUCUCUCUCUCUCUCUCUCUCUCUCUCUCUCUUUCUUUCUAUUAAAUCAAGCCCUUUUUAAAAUUAAAUCAAGUUUCUAGUCCUCAUGAGGAGCAGUUUCAGGAGUCCGAGAACCUUAGCCCCCUCUGUUUUAUGUUGCAUUAUUCUGGCUAUCUUUAACUUAUAUUUUCAAUUUUUGUAGAUCAGGGGGGGAUCCCCCUUUUUAAAAAACAAGAAAUUUGGUUUUAAUCAGGAAAACUUGGUCUGUCUCCUAAGUUGACUUGGUCUGUCUAGGAGACAGGAAAAAGACUUUGCUUAGCUGUGCUUGUGUUGGUGUGGAUGGAUGGGCCCUUCACAUGAACCCCACUGCUUCUGGUGACAGUGUCUCCAUGUCUCUAGGCUGUUGAAAGAUGGUCUUAAGGAUUCUCAAUUCAGCAUCCGCUACCAGUAUCUGUUGGCAGCUCUGCUGUGCUGCUGUGGCAAGGGCCUGAGAGAGGAGUUUGACCGCCAGUGCUGGCUGGUGAACACCCUGGCUAAGCUGGCUCAGCAGGUUCGUGAAGCUGCUCCUUCAUCGCGACAGGUAUGUGUGCUUGCAAGCACCUCAUGUCUCCCAUGAAUGUGUGAUGGGGAAGUAAGAAUGAAGCAGCAAAGCUCUAGGAGACUAUUCACCAACCUGGUUCCCUCCCAAAUGUUCUGGACUACAGCUCCCAUCAGCCAGUGCGGACUGGAACUGAUGAGCUUUGGGCCACAAUACGUUUGGAGGGCGCCUGGUUGGUGAGGCCUGCUGUAGGAACCGUCUGAAGUCUGUUUUGUUUGGGAAUGCAAAGGCUGAUGUGAGAACUAAAUAAAUAAUUGCCAGCCUCUCUUAGCAAGAAGCAAGGGCCUGGGCUAAAUUCAGCCAUUACAGUUUUCAGCUUCUUCCAUAAGUGGCUUUUGAGGUUCACCUUAAGACUGCCCUGUUCUGUAGCCUGACUCUAUGGCACGUGAACUAACACCUAAGGUUGUGUCAGCAAUAAUCAAACUCAAAGUAGACCCACUGAAUUUAAUGGACAUGGUUAAUUUAGGUCCACUAAUCUCAAUGAAUGGGACGCGGGUGGCGCUGUGGUCUAAACCACAGAGCCUCUGGCUUGCCGAUCAGAAGGUCGGCGGUUCAAAUCCCCGCGACGGAGUGAGCUCCCGUUGUUCGGUCUCAGCUCCUGUCCACCUAGCAGUUCAAAAGCAUGUCAAAGUGCAAGUAGAUAAAUAGGUACCGCUCUGGUGGGAAGGUAAACGGCAUUUCCGUGUGCUGCUCUGGUUCACCAGAAGUGGCUUAGUCAUGCUGGCCACAUGACCUGGAAGCUGCCUGCAGACAAACGCCGGCUUCCUCGGCCUAUAGAGCGAGAUGAGCGCACAACCCCAGAGUCAUCCACAACUGGACCUAACAGUCAGGGGUACCUUUACCUUUUUUAAAUCUCAAUGAGUCUACUCUGAGUUGGAUACAACCUUUAGCUCCCAAGCUCUUCCCCUCCCACCUCCAAUGUCAUGCUUCGUGCCAGAUUAAGCUGCAAAUUCUUCUAUUAUUAUUAUUAUUAUUAUUAUUAUUAUUAUUAUUAUUAUUAUUUUAUUUAUACCCUGCCCACCUGGCUGGGUUUCUCCAGCCACUCUGGACAGCUUACAGAAAAUAUAGAACAUAAUAAGGUAUCAAACAUUAAAAACUUCCCAAUACAGAUGUCUUCUAAAAGUUGUAUAGUUCUUCAUCUCCUUGACAUCUGAAGGGAGGGUGUUCCACAGGGUGGGCGCCACUACCAAGAAGGCCGUCUGCCUGGUUCACUGUAACUUCGCUUCUCGAAGUGAGGGAGCCAGCAGAAGGCCCUCGGUGCUGGACCUCAGUGUCCGGGCUUAACAAUGGGGGUGGAGAUGCUCCUUCAGGUAUACUCGGCCAAGGCCAUUAGGGCUUUAAAGGUCAGCACCAACACUUUGCAUUGUGCUUGGAAAUGCUCUGGGAGUGUUUACAAACCUAAAUCCUGGAAGCAGAAGGUACUCCUUGAACCUGGAAAAAGUAGUUGCGUAUUUGAAGAUGGCACCUCAUUUGCAAACUUUUAGGCAAAAUUUGCUUUACCUGCCCAAUUGAAUGUGGAAUUUGGGUGGCUCUUGGUUCAGCAUUGGCGGAGGGGAGUUGGAACAGCAUAUAAACGUUAUGUCAAGAAUGGGCUCGUGCAGCAACCUGUUUUGGGAUAGGUUCCAAACCCAGACCUGCUUCAUAAGAUGUUGGACAGGUGCCUGGGGCAGACAGCAGAUCAAAUAGCCUGAUACUCUCUGCUGAACAACUUUGUGCUUGUGUUUUUUCCUUCAGGCCAUCCUUCGUGAGGGGCUGGAGGAUGUAAAGCAGUUCUUCAACGUUAAUGGCUCCUGUCGCCUCCCGCUCAGCCCCAGCCUGCUGGUGAAGGGGAUUGUGCCCAGGGUAUGUCUCUGACUGUGGGUACCACUGUUUCUGGUGUGCUGUAGCUUCCUUCCUCUAAGUUCAGGCAUCUUGGAUACUUUGAGCUUCCUGAAGAUGCCCAGGCUUGGCUGCACUGUUUGCAUUGGCAAGAUUUGAAAGUAGCUGCUUCCUCUCUGUUGCAAAGCAAGCUGCUCCUAAGAAUAGGAAUGAUUGGCUUCCAGCCAUUAGCAUCCUUACCACUUAACCUUUCAGUUUCAAAUAAUUUCUGUCAAAUCCUCUUUUAAAGCCAUCUAAGUUGGUGUUCAUCACCGCCCCUUGUGGGAGUGAGUUCGAUAGUUUAACUAAUACACUACGUGAAUAAGCACUUUCUUUAAUCUGUCCUGAGUCUGUACAUUAAUACUGCACAUUAAUUAGGGCAUCAUCAAAAGGCCAAGAGGAAGAAAACCCUGGUACAGUGGUGCCUUGAUUUACAACCAUAAUCCGUUCCAGAGGUCCGUUUGUAAACCAAGGUUGUAAACCAAGGCGCUCUUUCGCCAAUGGGGCCUCUAAAAAAAGUUUGCAAACCGGGACACCCAUUUCUGGGUUUGACGUGUUUGUAAUCCAAAAUGUAUGCAAACCAGACUGUUUGCAAACCAAGGUACCACUGUAUCUGGGAUGAGCUGGAAUCCUUAUCUUGGGGGAGAUAAAACAUUAUAUUUCUGGCAUGAUCUUAGGCUGGGGGUCCCCAAACUAAGGCCCACGGGCCAGAUAAGGCCCAAGGGACUCGUUUAUCCGGCCCGUGGCGACCUCUGCUGCCACCCCCCGCUCUUACCGGCGCUGUGCUGUGUGGCUGCCCACUUCUGGGUCAGAGGAGCACCGGAAAUAGCUUGUGUGCAUGCUCAAACAUUAUUUGCACAUGUGCAAGCGUUAUUUCCAGUGCACAUCCGGGUCGCAGGAGGCCCUUGCACAAGCUAUUUCCUGUGCUCCUCCAACCCGGAAGUGCGCUGGAAAUAGCGUGUGUGCAUGCAUAUGGGCACACGCUCCCCCGCCCUCCUGCCCACCGCACGAUCCGUGCUGGAGACACCGGCCCGAGGCGUGGUAAGUUUGCUGACCCCUGUCCUAGGCCUAUGUUCUCUGAGAGUCCGUCUGUUGAUGCUAGGGGACACCCACUUCUCAUACAGUUAGGGUGAGGAAAGCACUGGCCAUUCUGACCACUUGCUCCCCCAUCUCACUCUCUUUGACUGCAGGACUGUUCCUAUUUCAACUCCAAUGCGGUUCCCCUGAAGCUCUCCUUCCUGAAUGUUGACCCUCUUGGGGAGAAUAUCCGUGUCAUUUUUAAGGUGAGCCGUGAUGUUUCUUACUUGGUUAUGGCUACAGUUUUUCUUUGCCCAGAUGCUUCUGAACAAAUCCCUGAUCUAGGGAUUCUAGUGUUGCUUGAUCUGGUGUUCAAGCAAUAUAUUGUAAGUUCUUCUUGUGCCUUCUAAGAUCCAUCAGAUUUUUUUAUUUUUUAAAAACGUGAUUAGAGGUUUUUAGUCUGUGGCAAGCAGGCUUGAAAAAUAAGCUAUGCACCCAUGAAAUAAAAGCAUUAAUCCAUUGUCACUGGCUAGGAAUUUCAGUGUGCGUUUCUGCUUGUGUAUUUGCAAGGUUAAGCAGGCUUCAGCUCUAAUACCUGCAGCAGGUGGGCAGUAAAGCCAUAGCCUCAGGCAAAGGACAUUUUAUAAGGCCUGCAUGCAUGUUGCCGACUUUGGGACUUCAAAGUGAAUAAUCACCUAACAUCAGGUGAUUGACAGGGGGACCAAAUUUGGCCUGCAGGCCUAGCACCUGACCCCAGGAGCCAGAAAGGUUCCCCACGCUUCAUCAAGCUGUUCUCUUAACCUCUAGCCUCCUUUCCCCAUUCUCCCUGAACCUGCCUGCCAAAGAGUAGUCCUCCAGGGUCUGGAGUAUCAGGAACCAACUCUCUUUCCAAAUAGCUUCAGAACCUCUGGGAAUCCACAUCAUUGCUUCACCACACUUAAAUAAAAGGUUUUGGAAGCAGGGAUUUGAUUUCCAGUACUGCCUCUUGCCUUGCCCUGUUUCUCUCUCCACAGUGCGGAGAUGAUCUCCGGCAGGACAUGCUAACUUUGCAGAUGAUCCGCAUAAUGAACAAGAUCUGGGUGCAAGAAGAUCUGGACAUGCGCAUGGUCAUAUUCCGCUGCUUUUCUACUGGUCGAGGUCGAGGUAAGUUUUCACCCAGGUACAAAAUGAAGCUUUUUCAGUUCCUCUUCCUCAGCUGCGCUCAUGUUGUUUUUAGGCUGGUGUGAGGUUCUUGGAGAAAUCUGUUGGAGCAGUGCUUUUGGGGCUAGGAUAGAUACCCAAGGUUCUAUAUCACUUCUCUGGAUGAAGGCCAAGAACUUCUUAAAAAAUCCUCUAAUUUGUCUUCCUACAGUAAAUAGCCAGAAAACCUGCUUGCCCUCAGUAUCUGGUAAUCAAAGUCAAGUGGGUUUGAAACAUAUGGACCUCCAGUUGUUGGACUACAAUUCCCAUCACCCUGACUGUUGGCUGUGUGCCCCAGAGCUGAUGGGAGUUGCAGUCCGGCAACCCUUUGAGGGACAGAGGUUCCUCUGCCCUGCUCUAAAAUAUAGCCUAUUUUUAGUCAUCGCAGCCACUACCAUACAUUUGUCAUGGACAUUUCAAAAAUCAAGUAUGUAAAUAGCCCCCCCAACAUUCUCUAGUAAAAGAAUUCAGUAAGUUUCCGAUGACAGAAACAUUGUUUAUCCAUAAUUGCAUCCUUUGGGGCUUGCUGUGCAAGUGUCUCUAACAUUCUAGAGAGAUCAUGGGUAGGUAGUCCAGCCUGGGCCUUGGAAGAACCGUAGAGUUCCCUUCUUGGCCAUUGAAGGUAGUGGUUGCUUCUCUGAGCAUCAGAAUCCAGGAUGGAGAACCAGGAGCCCUCCAGAUAAUGUUGGACGUCAGCUUUGUCAGCUCCAGUCAGCAUUGGUCGGGGUGAUGGGAAUUUCCCAUAUGCAUUCUAAAUGCAGGCUGCAUUUUACAUGCAAGAGGAAGAUGAUUCAACAUUUUACAGUAAAAAAAAGACCAGUCCAAGUUGGGUUCUUUGUUGGUUAUGUGUGUUAAAUGGGGGAAGGAAAGAGGCCCUUAUUGCCCAUCUUGUAGUCAUUUGCUGUGUUUCACAGGGAUGGUAGAGAUGAUUCCUAAUGCAGAGACUCUACGAAAGAUCCAGGUGGAGCAUGGGGUGACAGGCUCCUUCAAGGAUCGUCCCCUGGCAGACUGGCUGCAGAAGCACAACCCCAAAGAGGAUGAAUACGAGAAGGUGAUGAUAGCGAGAAUAACAUUAUUUGGUUUAGGUUAAAAAGCCAGGCAGCUCCAAGUCAUGAUCAAAGCUUGUGCUAAUGUCAAACCCAUUGUGCCCUCUUUUGAGUCUAGUGGUUUUAAUAAUUCCAUCGCAGCUUGACCUCACCCCCAAAGGCGCACUCCUCCAUUGUCUCCCGAGAUAGACAAAUGCCAACCCCAAUAAGCAGAGUGCGAUGUGAACUUGUGGGUGUGCACCUGACUUUUCUUGCAGGCCCACAUUUUUCUUUGUUUCCGUAACAAAAUGUUGGAUUGGAGAGAUGCCACCUUGGUUUUAUUUAUUUAAAAUUUGAGCAGUUUUAAACAUCUGGACACAAGGGAGAUCACAAACACAACACCAGGAAGCUAAACUGCACUGUAAAUAAGCAGCAAGCAAGCAUUUUAAUCUUAAAAUCUUGUGUAAACAUAAAUGUUUUCACUUGUUAUUCAGAAUUACAUGAAAUAUGGCUUGGGGGCUGGGAGCUUUUCCAUUGUACUGAAAAAGCCUGGCUACAAGUUCUGACUUCAAACAAAGACAGCACAGUAGAAGGCUAGCUGUAAAUACAACUAAGGGUAGGUUACCUCAAGGUAGAUUUAGGUGCCUUUCUGACAUCUCAAGUUCCCAGGGUAUUCUAGAAAACAGGCUAGUAUAUAUUAAAUAUAUAGGCAGGUGAUAUAAUAUUCCCAGAUGACCCUAAAUGCAGAAACCUUUUUCAAAAAGAUUCCCUCCAGCAUUUUGCCUGGCCUUACUGCUUUCCUGUGCAGCUCUUCACAUUACUGUGUUAAUAACAUCCAUCUUCAUCUGCCAGGCAGUGGAGAACUUCAUCUACUCAUGCGCUGGCUGCUGUGUAGCUACUUAUGUGCUGGGAAUCUGUGAUCGGCACAACGACAACAUCAUGCUCAAGACCACAGGGCACAUGUUCCACAUUGACUUUGGCAGAUUUCUGGGCCAUGCUCAGAUGUUUGGCAACAUCAAGAGGUGAGCACUCUAAGCAAACUAGAGAGGCUGUGUGUGCGUGGCCGACUGAAUUAUCUGUGCAUGUAUGUUAUUUUUGGAAACGAAGGUGGAGCUAAACUAGUACAUAGAUUAGCUUCACCAGGAAACUAAUGGUUUCAGUUUUUCACAUUAGUUUCGCAUAGAAAUGUUUUUGCAAAUUGAUAUAUUUCUGGAACUCCUGUGUGCAAGGCUGGAAGGAAAGGAUGAACUGAGAGAUCUGUGAAACUGUGAAAGACAUACAAGCUCUGAACAAAGGAAACAUUAAUUCAGUGGCUGCAACAAUCAUAUGGGGCUUCUUUGUCCAAUCUGCCUGAAAACUGGCAGUUCUGAUGCCCUGGAAUGGUAGUAGAAGCCAUGCACUUUCCACAACAUUUGCAUGGAAAACAGAAUUUGUUACAAGGAGGAGAAAUGCAGCUGUUUCUCUCAUUUAAACCAAUGGGAAGCUUUGUAGGAUACGUCUUUUUAAAAAUUGCUUAUAAAAUGUAGUUCCUGUUUAGUGCAGCACCUGAAAGUGCCAUGCCAUUUGGAUGGAAAAUGUCACGGUUAUUAGCAGCAAGCUGGGUCUCCGCUGCACUCAGUGCAAAAACUCAAAUGAAACUCAAAUGAAUGUGAAACAAAAUGGAUGCAAAUGAAAAGAAAGUGAAACUAAAUAGAGUAGAUUUGAAAUACUUAAGACAUUUCAAGUGCACGCUUCUGGCCGGUGUUCAGGAAUGAGCCCUGGAGUUGCAGGACUCGCAGAAGUGGGCUAAGCUGAGGAAGGCACAUGUCUUGAUAGUUAACUCUUUGUUGACAAGAAAAGCACGUACAGCAAGCUUCCACAGUGUUCCAGAUACACACACAGACACAUGCUUCUAGCCUCUAGGCAGCUGCCCACAGGUCUAGGCCGUGUGGAGCAGUUACAGCAACAGGGAGACCCCGCCUGCCCCUGCUGGCUUAUAUACCCUCUCAUGACAGCUUGCAUGCCCACAAUCUGAGACUUCUCUUGUCUGGAAAUUGUCACUGCUCUUCCCUUUUCAAGACACACCUGGGUCUAGGAGGCAGUGGGGCAGGGCAAGGUGGGGAGUCUAUUCACCUGUUUGUCAGCUGAACAGCCUCUUCUUCUUUCGCCUCACCCUGCCUAUGUUCCUCCGUCGUGGACUGCCCUGACUCUCCCUUCUCCCCUGGCUCCUGCCUUGGGGGCAGCGUGAAACCCCAUAUAUCACUGGUCCCCUCUCCUGGGUCACUCUCCUGGUCCCUUGCCUCCACCCCACAACCUUUGGAGUCUUGCCAGCUUCCUGUUCGCAUGGAUAAACUAAAGUCUACAUUGUAGCAGUAGCUAAUUAAUAAUGAUGUGGGUGGGUGUAGAUUGUUGGUACCCAAUACAAGUUUUUAACUGCCAUGCAUAUUUUGCGGGGCGCCAUAUUACGUGCUUUACCUGGAAAGGGAAUCUGACAAUUUGGCUUACAAAUGUUGGACUUGAAGUUCCAAACUUUUUACUAAAGAUUUUUUUUUUUAAUAAAAAAGCUUCAAUUUUCCACCCCUUAAGCAUCAUAUUUUCCAGCCUGUUUCAAAAUGUUCUUGGUGGAGCAGGUUGCCGGUGGAAUGUGGCUUAUCGGUUUCCACAUUGUGAUGCCCUUGUUCAGUGAAUGCAAAACCCAUUAUCUGUCAAAUGCGUUCAAGCUUUUUCCUGCUGUUGAUACCAAGCAUGUGGCUUUUGUUCCAAAGUCCUUCAGAAUAAUGUGUUGCGUGUGGAUCUAAUGGGAUCUAGCACUCUCUGGGUCAACUAAGGUAUGUUUGGAAAUGAAAGCAUAGUGACUCUUUUGUCCCUGGGAUUAGCCACAUCACUGUGGCAUUUGCACAUUUCUUCCGUACAGGGACCGAGCUCCAUUUGUCUUCACAUCAGACAUGGCUUAUGUCAUCAACGGCGGUGACAAGCCCUCCAGCCGCUUCCAUGACUUUGUAGAUCUCUGCUGCCAGGCCUACAACCUGAUCCGCAAACAUACCCAUCUCUUCCUCAACCUUUUGGGCCUGGUGAGACACCCAGUUUCUACUUUCCUGCUGCCUCUGCUCUCCACUAGCAGUGCAUUUAUCCAGACAGUGAUCAUGGUUAUUACUGAAAAGACUUUCAGCUGUUCUUUGCAGGAGCUUGAAAGGUUUGCAUAGGGAGACAGAGACAAUGGUGACCAUCAGACUUGACCUGAGGAGUAAAGAACUGCCUUCUCUCUUCCAAGCCUGUAGUUCCCCCAUGACAGAACCUUCUCAGUCUAUAUCCAGACCUUCUUUAUAUCCAAACCAGGGAAAGGGUAUAAGUGUUUUUUGUUUUUUGUUUUGGAUUUGAUAUCCCGCUUUAUCACUACCCUAAGGAGUCUCAAAGCGGCUAACAAUCUCCUUUUGCCUUCCUCCCCCACAACAAACACUCUGUGAGGUGAGUGGGGCUGAGAGACUUCAGAGAAGUGUGACUGGCCCAAGGUCACCCAGCAAGUAUUUGUCUGUGUAAGAGCAAAAAUCACUUGGCAGAUGCAGCACACAAACGAGGAGGCUCUCAGAUAGGAACUUGUUUCUGCUUUGCUGCUCCUUGGAUGAGGAGCCGCAUGUUUCUACGGUCAAGCUGAGCUAAGGUUUGACUUAGUAUAUUGUAUGAACCAGACCAAUGUCUGGAUUCACACAUAAAAGUAAACCCAUAGUUAAGAUCAGCAAGCUAACAACAAACUCCGGGUUACUUUCACUAACAAGUCAUUGUUUAUUUGCCGCUCUCACUGCCCUGCAUGUAUGGUUUUGUCAGCUUAUAGUGAAAUAAAUAAGUCCACUUUUUUUACAUCAAAAGCAACCAGUUAUAGUAAAAAAUAAGUAAUAAUUGUAGUGCUUCCCCCUCCCCUGCAACUGCUGGGAUAAGGACACAAGCCAAGACUUGAUGAGCAUCAACCACGAAAGCCUGUCUCCAACUAUUGCAUUGCCAAAGGCCCCUUUUUGUUCCUGAGACUGCAGCAGACAUUGCUUGCAGAUAUGCACCAUAACUAAAAGGGUUGGGAACUUGCCUUUCCUGUGUUUUGAAAGAAAGCUGAGGGUUUGGGGAAAUCCAGUUAGCAUGUGGCACGUUCCAGAAUCCAUGAAAUCCCCACAACUCACCUCUGGAGUGUUUGCAUUUCUUUCUUUUCUGGUGCUAAUCCGUGGCCUCUUUGGUGCCCAGAUGCUGUCGUGUGGGAUCCCUGAGCUUUCUGACCUUGAAGACCUAAAGUAUGUUUAUGAUGCAUUGAGACCACAGGACUCUGAGGCAGAUGCCACCACCUAUUUCACCAGGUAAGGGGAAUCCUGAUGGCUGGGAGAGGUGGAAAGGGAAGCCAGGAGCCACCUUGGUGUGCCAAGCUACUCCCACAGAGAAAUCUUUGUUCUCAGUGUCCUCUUUGAAAGGUCUGUUGUAGUCUUUGAAAAUGCAGGGGGUAGACCAGUCAAUUCUAUGUCAACCCACAAACCAGAUGUUUUAUCCUUUUGUGCAGGUUGAUAGAGUCCAGCCUUGGCAGUGUUGCCACGAAGCUCAACUUCUUCAUUCACAAUCUGGCGCAGAUGAAGUUUGCGGGCUCCGACUCCCGACCGGUGCUCUCCUUUGCCCCCCGUGUUCACACGAUCAAGACGUCCAGCCGGAUCCUUGAUGUCUUCCUCUGCCGUCACGAAAAAGUCUUCAAUCCCAGCAAGGGCUUUGUGAGUCCCUUCCACAGGCAUUUUGGUGCAGCAGGUGGUCAGUGUGGUGGAGGCAGUGUUAGGGAAGCUAGCAUACGGCUGCGCCAGAGCGCAAGAGCAAGUUGUGCUGCAUGCUGGAGCAGCAUCUCCAGAAGGUGCUGCUGAACCAUAAGGGCUGCUUCCCUCUCUGCCUUGCAGAUAUACAUUGUGAAGGUGAAGCGAGAGAACCCCUCCGAAGUCACCUACAUUCAGCGGACCUUUGAAGAGUUCCAGGAACUGCACAAUAAGAUGCGCCUCAUCUUCCCCUCUUCACAUCUCCCCAGGUUAGCCCUAUUUGGUUUACAAACGCCUUUUUUCUUUUGACACUCUGUGUUUGUGUAUGUGUGUGUGUGUAAGAGAGAGAGAGAGACAGACAGACAGACAGAGUCUGGUGACGACAAGGCUGCACACCUUCUGUAAGAAUCACAAACCUUUGAAGACUAGUUUUGUAUUCCUUUCCCGGAAACUUGCAUAUGCCCACCUGAUUUUGUGCAUUGAAAUUACAUUUUCUCCUUGGGAAGUCUCAGCGCUUGGAUUUUGUUCACAUUUAGGAUCUAACCGAAAGAAUCUCUCAUCCCUUUCACCAGAUUGGCUAGUGAUCCAGUGGGUAUGGUACAGCAGACUACCCUCUCAAAAUGAUAUGUGUGCUUAAUUGAAUUGUUUGUGUGUGAAUGGUCCUCAUCACAUGACGUUAACCGAAAGUUUCAUUUCUGAAACACUCCAAAUGGAUCCGUCUGACAGCCGUUAUCCGUGUGACAUGAAGAAAUCCUUUAAAAAAUAAUUUGUGUGUACUGUUGCAGCCAGGAGCGAAGAAAUUUGGCAGACCACCUGCUUCAGUUGAGAUUUUGCUUUUCAUUGAUAGAUGGGGCCCAACACCUAACUGUUUCUUUACCCUCCCACCCUCCCCAAAUUGUCCAGCUUUCCUAGCAGGUUUGUGAUUGGACGCUCACGAGGAGAAGCAGUGGCUGAGAAGAGGAGAGAAGAACUGAAUGGCUACAUCUGGCAUCUGAUCCAUGCAGCUCCUGAGGUGGCCGAGGUAAAUAGGCAGGAGCGAGGUAGUAUUAGCCAAGACCUUUAGGAUGAACGGCAGGCAGACACAGCAGUGUAGAAUAGUUUAAUCUAAGUGCUUCUGCAGAAGCCUGACCCUGGAAUUAUUCCACACUUUUUGCCAUUCCUCUUUAGCAAGCUUUGUUAAUACAUAUGGAAGCUUUGGAUAGCAUUCCCUGUCCUUGCCUACAUGUAAAUCAAGGGAUCUUCUUUAACCACUGCUGGAGAACAGUCAGCACAUAGGAGGCAAGAGAACUUGCUUGGUAAGUAUAGUAUCAAAAACUGAGCUGAGAGUAAGGAAUAUCAAGGGUGUGUUCUGAUGACCUCUGGGUGCCUGGGUGUGCAAACUGGAUUGCCUGUUAUGUAUUCUGGUUCUCCCAUCUAUAUAACUGACGUUGUGUGCUACUGUAGUAUUAAGAUUCAUAACCAGGCAUAGGCAAACUCGGCCCUCCAGAUGUUUUUUGGCCUACAACUCCCAUGAUCCCUAGCUAACAGGACCAGUGGCCAGGGAUGAUGGGAAUUGUAGUCCCAAAUCAUCUGGAGGGCUGAGUUUGCCUAUGCCUGCUCAUAACCAUUCUAAGCAAGUAAGGAACUGCAGGAGUCUUCAUAGCUGAAGGCCUAAGAAAUAAUUAGCUUAUUUAUGAAAGUAAGUUAUUAUGUGAAUUGAAGCAACAUGCCCAACCAAGCUUCUCUUUUCAUGUCAGAGGGCAUAUCAAAAGUAGGUGACUUGCUACUGGAGUAAAACUGUGGCCUGAUGGUGUGCUUCUCUUGCAGUGUGACCUGGUGUACACAUUUUUCCACCCCCUCCCAAGGGACGAAGUUGCUGCAGGCACCAAUCCAGCACCCAAACUGCCUGGUAAAUAUCUGUAGGACACAAGCAGCAGGACUUACCUGCUUCAACACUCUGGCUCUGCAUGCUCUCAUGCAGCUGCCUUGGAGUGAAAUCGAUCAUAGCCACAGCUUCAUUCUUUGGCACAUAAAAUGAAAGUGCUGGGCACAUGGAAGGGAUCUGCCUAUUCAAUGGAGGCUGGAAGUUUGUGUCAGGACCUGACAGGAGGUUCAGAAUGGUGCUGUAAGACUGGUCAUUAAACUAUGUUAUGCUGGUAUAGGGUAGUGCAGAGGAGAGAUGUUGUAUUCGUUAAAACAGGAUAAAGCGCAACAGAAGCAUAAUAUAGUACUGAUUUUGAUUUUAUUGUUUUUGUUUGUAUUUUUUAUUUUAAAAAAUAAUACUAAAGUUUUCCAGAGGAUGGCCUUUAUGGAAAGGCGCUUACGCCUGUUUACUGUGGGUGUAAUGCCUUUCCUCUCUUUUUUUGCCAGUAGACAUGGUAGUUUUCCAUGCCAACACUGCUCCCUGUUCCUUAUUCUUAGAUGCAUCAUGGUCCCAGCCUGUUGGAAAACUGGGUGGGGAGGUGAAGCUGUCUGUUUCCUACAAGAACAACAAGCUGUUUAUCAUGGUGAUGCAUAUCCGAGGCCUGGUAAGUGCUGAACUGUAGCUAUGUCCCAGUGGCGGCCACUGGCCAAACUUUUCAAAUCUCUGCAGCCUGAUGUGGCGCAAACAACUGACGACUGGGCUUGACUUUCUCUUUUCCAGCAGCCUAUUCAAGACGGCAGUGAUCCUGACCCGUAUGUUAAGAUCUACCUUCUGCCCGAUCCCCAGAAAACCACCAAGAGGAAAACGAAAGUCGCUAGAAAAACAUGCAACCCUACUUACAACGAAAUGGUAUGCUGCCGCACACCUUGUCUUUACAGGCUAAAGCAGGGGUGGGUGGGAAACCUCUGACCCACAGUUGCUAUCAAACAAUUAAUUAGCUAUGAAAACCAACAUUCUUUCGUGAAAGAUCCAGCUGCUUUAAAAAAAAAAAAAAAGUCCAGACAUAUUUUGAGUUAAUGUAUUGCAGGGUAGGGGACGGUAUGAACUGGUUCUCCAUUAUACAUCUCCAUUAUACAUCUCCAUUAUACACCUCGUUAUACAUCUAUUAAUGUUACUAUGGAGUGGCAGCAUGGACAAUUUAUUACAAUAUAGCCUUACAAUAGAAGGCGGGCGUGGGGGGGGGUUGGCUUGAGAGCCACCUUCACCCUUGGCCAAUCCUCUGAGGGAAGCAUGCCAGAGGGGGAUGUGGACAUCCCAUACACACAGUUGUGUAAAUUCACACAUGCAGGUUAGGGAGGGGGUGGUUUGCUUCCCCAUCAGGGCAUUGGGGUGGGCAGAGAGAUUUAAACCACCUACAUUAGCACUGUCUGCUUUUAAUUCCACCCUUUGUCAUUGCUGUCAAAUUUGGGAGUCUUGGGGAGGUCAGAAUAUACUUGGGGCCAGGCCAUGCUCCUGGGCCAGGGGUUAAACACCCCUCCUUUAUUUAAAAUUCCUAUCUAGGCUGCUGUCAUAGUCGAAUUAGUUCAAGUUUAAAGACUCGGUAUUAUACAUGUGUGCGUGUGUGCAUAUAUCAUUUUCCGUUUUCUCUGACAGAUUUCUACCCUAGGUCUAAAUGCCAGGAAAAAAAAUAUCCUAGAUGGGUGUCUGCAUUAAAAUGCAUAAGUAUUACUGAAGAAUACGCAGAAUUACUAUAGUCUGGCCUUCUGCUAUAGAGGCCAGAGACUGCUGUUCUAGGCAACUACUUCUUCCACCUUUCUAAGGAGAGUGUGAGUGAGUUUUAGCUCAUGUCCGGAAACUUCCUGUAUCUUUCAGCUUGUCUAUGAUGGGAUUCCUAAAGGAGACCUCCACCAGCGGGAACUGCAUCUGAGUGUCCUGAGUGAAGAGGGCUUUUGGGAGAACAUCCUCCUUGGGGAGGUCAUUAUCCGACUGCGGGACCUGGAUCUGACACAAGAGAAGAUGGGCUGGUUUGAACUGGGCUCUAGGAGUCACGGGACCAUGUGA